AGAUCAAAGUGUUGCAAUCUUGAUAUCUCUCUGCUGCAAUGUUGUUUAAUUGAAUAUUCCAGAUAACUGGGAUUAAAAGUGGCACACUUUCCUCCAUUGAAGUUAAGAAGUCUGACUUGAUUACAAUACAGUUCGGGAUACCAUUGUUGUCAAGGUUUUUUUUCCCCACACCGAACCAUUCAUUCCCAUCCAUAAUAUAUUGUAUGCUUACUGCAUUUCAUACAGCCUGAGGCUUUUAAGAGUCCCCACCAGCAAUUUUUUUACACUCUCAUUCUUUCUCAUGUGAUCUGUUCAAUACAAUUCUGUGAUAAAGGGGGGAUUUGCUCAGGGGAGAAAUCUGCCUAUGACAACAUGUCCAAACAUAUAAUGCCUUGAAUUGCUGUUUGGGCAAGAUGAAUACUUAAUAUAGCCUCAUGAAUGCUUGAUAUUAAUUUGUUUCAAUUUUUUAAUAUUGCUGCAUUGACUAUAUUACUCACCCUGCAAACUAAGUCAUCAAUGUUUUUGCUCAAUACCAGAAUAACGUCUUUAUGUCAUCUGUGAAAUAAUAUCGUUGAGACGUACAUUUGUUGUUCCCUGUGAUUGAUUGAAAGCACUGAAAUCUAUACUAAUUCCAUCCUUUUCUUUCUUUUUCCUCAUAUAUGAAGCUUUAAUGUAAUUGUCUGCACACAGCACUGUCAGCUAUUCAGGUACAUGUGGUCUUUUAUUACAAAUAUAUUUGAUCAUAUUUCAUAAAAAAUAAUUGUGUCAAAGAUUUGACUGAGUCCUCAAUAUGAACGCAUUUUUUUGAUAUUACAGAAUACACACCCACAAUGAAUUCUUAGAAAGAAUUUGAUUGAUUUACAUGUGCAUGGAGUUGCAGUUAUACAAAAAUUUCCAUGACAGCACUCAGACAAAAAAAACCAUUAAUUUUUACCUUUGAUUUUUUUGUUGUUGAUCUUAAUAUAGAUACAUGAAUUAAUGCAGAACAUCUAGAUCUAGACAACAAUUUGGAGGAUAACUGGAUUAUUACAAUUAGCGAAUGAAGAACUUUGCAAAUACAUCAGUGUGUAUCUUUUGUAAUGUCGUAGUAACAAACUCGUUUGUGAAUUUAUGAAAAAAAUGCGUCAAGAAUGUUCGAAAUGAAAACUGUGGAGAAGGAAAAAAAUAAGUCGGUAUCCAGAAUGUUCACUUGUCUAUCAAGGACUGAAGAUAUGCGACAAAGAAUAUACAAUAGUGGUUAUUCUAAAUAAUAAACAACACAUCCAGUCUGUCAAAUAAUGUUGAACCGGCAUGCCAUAUGCUGCCACACACCCACUCAUCCAACAAACCAAACAAAACCGUUCAUACUGGAGUCAAAGAUCCUCUUAUCCAAUCAUAUUACGCGUCCUUAAAACACGUCAUGCUAAGGAAGCGCCUACGUGCUGAAGCAGUGGUGUAUGGGACCUAGCUUAACGUGACUGUACCGCAAUAAAACUAUUUAAAAUAGAUAUUUAAGUAAAAUAUCCUUUGUGGAUAAAACCACUGCGGUCUGACAAUGGGAGCGAAUAACAGUACCCGCCGCGUGUCAUUCGAGUCAGACGAGAACGAGAACAUAACUGUGGUGAAGGGCAUACGGGUAAGUUAAAGUAUAUGAACCUGCUCAGUGUUAAGUAAACAUUCGCUCAAAGUGAAAAUAUUAAAUAUUAUGGCGUUAAAAGCUGUAUUCAAAGUGCUGUGCUUCGUACUGCACACUUUGUUUGUAUGUGAAGUUGUUUUAGCAGUAAGACUGUGCAGCUUGACUUUCAUUCAUCCCCACAGUAGCCGAGGAGAAAGUAUUAUUUCACUUUAUAGUUUAUUUAGAUAUCCACACCUGCUGUAGUCGUUUAAAAAGUGAAUUUAAUUACAGUUUUGAACGUCCUUGUUGAAAAUGUUGACGUUGACGUCAUUGUCCUCGUGCUGAGCCGUCUGUCAAUCAAACUGCAGCAUGAGUGAAAGUAAACUCUCACUGGCCUGUUGCUCUCUUUAUAACACUUGAUAUCACCACUUUUGUUUUGAUUUAAUGCAUCUACAUGUUGCUGUCAUUAGAGGCUUCCAGCUUCUGUUACUAACUAACAUUGACCCGUCUCGGGGUUUUCCACUGUAUGCAUCUGAUGUUAAAUUUAGAUUGAGAAGCUUUAGUCGAUCAGGUAAGACUUUGGUUGGCACGACCCUGUCUAUUUUUGCUCUUUUGGCGAGGGAACCAUGCAGGCUAACGUUGACUUUCAACGGGUGGUAAUCCUGUUCAUGCCACAGCUUUUAGUGGUUACAUAAACAGAUCUGUAAAAGGCAUUGUUUACUUCAUGCCAGCACAAGUGGGUUGGCUGAUAACCUAGCUAUAAUGUUGAUAUGCCAAUAUCACAUUGGGUUUAUACAUAUGAGGGGAGAGUGGGGUAAGAUGAGCCAUUUUUCAUAUUUUGGAUCAGUACAUCAAGGCACUCAAAGUUUAGUCUCUAACUAGUGUAUCUGCAUAUAUUUCAAGAUGUUGUGCAUCCCUGCAAACCGACAGAAUGAGUGUAAACAUGACUGUCUUGAUAACAUAGCAUGCCAAAAAAAGUGGUCUCCUAUGGUCAACUUACCCCGUAUAUGGGGUAAAUUGACCAUAGGAGCGGGAUAAAUUGAGCCGUACCCCUACAACCCCCCCACUCUCCACCCCAGCCCUCCCUUCACAUUCAUGUGUAUUUUUAUGUAUUAUACGCUAUUCAACUGGUGCAAUAACUCUUUUUAUUAUUGCAUAUAACUGCUAAAAAGCUGUUUUGUAAAAAGCCAUUUUAACAUUAGAAUGUCUUGAAGUGAUUCAGAACAUUCACAGCUGUAUUUUUGAAAAGAAAAAUGAACACAUUUCAACAAUCUGAACUGAAACUCUGAUCCUCUUAUCAGACUCCUUUUAAUUUCUCAGUUACGCCAACAGCUCAAUUUAUCACAGAACUACUAUUAUGACUUUAUUAGUCCUUUAAGCUAAAAUGGUGGACUUUUAUGCUAGGUUUUUGACCUCAUACUGUAGCUCAUAGAUACCACAAUUGAUGUAUAAAAUGAAUUUAAAAUGAUCAUUUUUGGCUGAACACAAUUCUAAUUAGACUUAUGACAGACUAAAUUCACUUUCAAGAGUGAAAAAUGUUUUUUUUAAAAUAAAUGUCUAACCCCUUCACCCAUGUGCUUCUAACCUUCACAGACUCCAUGAAUUGAUGCCCAUCUCCUAAAUAUUUGGUCACAUGAUCCAUUUCUUUUACCAUUUCCAAGAAACAGGAGGUGGCACACCUUACCCUUUGGCUCAACUUACCCCACUCUCCCCUAUUCAUGUGUAAUACAUAUUGGAUUUCUAUGGAGCUAUCUGAAAUGAGUACAACUGAAAAUACUUAGAUGUUAACAUCAUCAUUUAACUAUAUUAUUCUUAACAUUCAACAGAAUUUACAUUCAACACUGUCCAGUGAUUGUUUUAGAUCUAAUAUGCCGUCAAAUGUGUUUUUCAUUUGGAUAGAUAUUGGUGAUAUCAGCCUUGUGAGGCCCAGUGCUGGUAUGCCACUAAUUACAAUCCAAACCAAACAUCAAGCCAUAUAUUGUUCUGGGUAGCUUGUAAAUUUCAUCCACCCAUUGUUAGUGAGUUGUACUUGGCUUGCUUAAGGCUAUUAGUAGCUUUAUUCUGCGUCUCUCUCUGUAGAAAGUUGGUAGUGUUCGACUAAAGCAUGGCUGUGGUGGGAUUCUUUGCCUACGGUUUGUUAACUAACCCUCAGAAUCCUCUGAUGUCCACCACAGAAAGUCCCUUUAGGUCUUAGCCUCUAUUCCCAGAAAUACAUCUUGUGUUCUUGUGUUUUCAUGAGAGGCAAGUUGUGUUUGACUUAAGCGUGGCUCCAGGUGGUUUACUAACCCUCUGAAUCCUUGGUUAUUGACUACAGAAAAUGUUCAUAUGUUUUUGGCUAUACUCUCAGUGAUACACCUUGGGAUGUCUCGAGUUUUUACACGUUUAUGGGGAAGUGAGGCUGUAAACUUUUCCUCUAGAGUCUUCUGACAUGGUUAGAAUUUUUCCUUGAAUUUUUAAAAUCUUUUUAGGCUAACACCUUAGCGUCUCACAUUUUUUUUAAAGUUCUCUGUCAGUUAAGUAUUAAGUUCGGGCCUGAGCUGACUACAGUUUCAUUGAGAUGUUGAGCAGAUGAGGCUAUAGCUACAUCUUCCUGUUUGUGUCUCCUCUGCUUAAUCGUUCUUUAGACAAAGGUUGAAAAAGAAAGUUGUGAUUUUAAAUAAGUUUACACAUGCAAAGUAUUCAAUCAUAUUUUUAUAUUUCUGCUGAAGUUUUUCUUCCACUCUCCUUUCCAGCUUUCCGAGAAUGUCAUCAACCGCAUGAGAGAACCUGCAGCCCCUCCCAAACUCCAGCAAGCUCCCCCUCCGCCACCUUCUGCAGCGCCUACCUUCAUACCCCCUCCUCUCCUGCGGCCAGUUCCACCUCCAUUUGACCCAAUCACCUCUUUACCUCCUCCUCCUCCCCCUCCUGUUGUUGAACCCGUUGCACCUCCAGCACCACCUCCACCAGCUCCAUCUACCACAGAGACUGUUGCAGCACCACCUCCACCUCCACCUCCUACAGAACAGGUAGCAGCACCCACCAUUAUUGACAUGGUGCUUCCAGCUUCAGCGCCCCUUGCUGCUGCUCCUGAUACUGUAGCUGCUCCUGCUUUUGAGCCCGCAGCAGUACCUCCUCCGCUUGCUCCUGCUGCUAUUGAGCCGGUUAUUUUGCCUACAUCUGUUCCCCUUGCUUCCCCUCCCUGCCAUGCUCCUGCUUUGGUGGAAGAAAUUGCUCCGCUUGCUCCCCCUCCCCUUGUUGUUGAACCAACUCCUCCUCCCAUAAUUCAGCCCAUAGCUACUUCUCCUCCCUUAAUUGAGCCCGUUGCUACUCCUCCUCCCAUAAUUCAGCCCGUUGCUUCUCCUCCUCCCGUAAUUGAGCUUGUUGCUUCUCCUCCUCCUCCUGUAAUUGAACCCAUUGCUCCUCCACAUGUUAUUGAAACCAUUGCUCCACCUGUUGUGGAACCCAUGUCAGCCCCUCCUCCAAUGCAUAUUGAACCCGCCAGUGUUCCAUCUUUCCCUGAAUCAGAGCCCCUGUCCUCCCCUCCUGUUUUUGAGCCUGCCACCAGCCUGCCGCCUUCAGGUGACACUUUGUCCCCAGAGCCUGCUGAGCCAUUCGCUUCCCCUCCCCUGCCUGAGUUUACUGCUUCUUUUGAACCAGUUGCACCUCCUCCCCAGCCCCUAGUGGAACCAGUAACCCCUGCUCCUGUCCCAGAGCCAGUGGUAGUGCCUGAGUCAAUUUCACCGCCUCCUCCACCACCUCCUCCUGCACCAACUGGUGAGUUUAAUCAAAUUUACUUUUUGCUCUUGAACCUUGAAAUGGAGCUUCAGACACACUUUUAAAUAUUGAUAACUUCACCUUGCUGUUACUGGAUUUGUGCAUCUGUGCUUCAUGACCUACAAGGCAGCAGAACAAUCAUCUAAUUUCUUCUAACAAGUGACAGGGCUGAUUUUUAGUUCAAAAACCUUGAGGAAUUUAUUCUGUCUUUGUCCAUGGCUCAUUUUUAUCCUAAAACAUAUGUGCGCCUCCUUCAGCAGCCUGGUUAAUUAACAGCCAAAGGUUGUAAGGGAAUGAACUGUCCAAGGAUUUAUUUUUAAGUCCAGCUUUAUUGAAUUUUAAUGAUGUGCUCGUUGUGUGUGUGUUUACUUUGAGCCACCUUAAGCUUUUUGUCUUGAACUUUUCCCACAAUUUGUAAUUAGUCUUCAUUUUAAAAACAGGCCCCAAAGUAGCCUUAGUCAUAUUAUGAUUCAUUGCCAUUCCUGCACUGUUAAUAAAAUGAUUAAUUCUUCCUUGUUAUAAUGUUAAUGAAUUGAUGCUGUAAUUAGUCGCCUUUCACUUUGCCUUGUCACUAUGGACCUCAAGCUGUCACUAUAACCCCUCUCUUUCCUGUGGUUCAGGGGAGCAAGGAAAAUACUUGAACUCAGACCAAGUUUCAACUUUUACAAAAUAUGAGUUGGUGUUGUCCUAGAAAUGUAACCCUGUCAGACUAAAAAAAAAAAAAGGAAUGGAAAACAAGAAGUUACUGUUUUGUUUCAGUUUGUUUUAGUCAUCAGUGUAAAUUAAAGAUGAGGUAGGCAGGAUCUGAGGGAGUGCCGGUUUUUGGGAGAAAUCUUGAAUGUAAACACUACCCCUCCCAACCAGUUCUCCCCUCAGCUCCUCCUCUCCCCUCCGUCUCUGCUCCAGCAAGCCCCGCCCACAAACAGAAGCUCCUGCUCGCUCGUAUCGAUUGAAUUAAAUUCAGAUGUAAUGCAGAUAAAUACUUCAGAUAAUAAAUGGGGCCCAGUCAACGUGAAAGUAAAAAGCAUUGGUGCUACUGUAGAUGCCAACAGACUACCAGCAAACACAAUGGCCCUCAUUUAUCAAUCUUACGUAGAACUGAGUGCAGAUCUGAGCACAGGAGUCAUAGUACGAUAGGACACACGUGAGAUUUAUGAAAGGGUUCGUAUCUGACUAAUCCCAGCGUACGUAUGAUUGGGUCUUGAUAAAUGUGGCGGCUAAAAUCGAUUGUCAUUAACAUGUCAUGCCCUUAAAUAUUCAUGGUUCAGAAGCCUCGCCCACUGAGGUCAAACAUGAAAGAGGAGAAAUAUUAGAAAGAUUUGAAACUUUUCAGAGCUGAAAGUGGAUAUCCUCACAUCUGCGGUGGGAACUAACAGGGAUUUGCUCUUUGGAAGCAUCAAAACUGGUUUAAAAGCAGUCCAGAAAACUUCUGUCUGGAGCAGUAUUAUGGUGGCGGUGAACAGCGCUGCUGCGGAAUAGCAGACAGUGGCUGAAGUUUGAAUAAAUCAUUAGUCAAAAAGUUGAUUAUAAUAAUACAUUUUAUGGUUAAAAUGAACCCUAGUCUGCUGUUGUUGUUGUUUUAACUGUCUUGUGCAGCUUGUUUCUGCCAAUGUUGUUGGCCCUCUCUAAGUUAUGAGCAGCACAUUCACACACAAGGCUCAUCUGUUCUGAGAAAAGCAUUUUUUUAGUUACCAGUAAUAUUGUGUUGUUGCACCGGCUGGGAGAUUUACUGCAAACAUGAUCACCGCAUGAUCCAAUCCAUCAUGUUUGACUAUCUCGCUCCCAUUUAUUGUUUGGAGAACGUUCCCUCUGUGUCAUUGUCAUGCUCCUUCUGUCAUUUCCUCCUUUUCUUGAGAAACUCCUAAGCCUCUUUAAAAGUCUUCCUAACAGUCUUUCACCUCAGGAGCUCUCACCUGAGGGCUGAGAUACUUUGAGAUAAACUUUUAUCUUUGCAGGGUUCUCGUCUUAACUUUCAGGGGGAAUUCUGAGGAAACAUUAUAAUCUGAAGAACUUUCCUAGAAUUUCGUCAUGAGGAGCUGGGAAGCUUUGUGAAAAUGGUCUCUGAUCUGUUGUCAGUUUUUCUGAUGAAUCAACGAAACAAAAGGAAAAUGAAUAUUGGCCUUACAUUCAACAAGUGACCAGAUAUCCCUCUAAAUGCAAGGUUUAAUUGCUGUUUAAAAAGGCAGCUAAUUAAUAACAGAUGUGCAAAUAGGAGUGUGUUCUCAUAACCCUGUAAAAUGUAUACUCUAUUGAACCCUUUAACCUCACAUCAUAACGGGUGCCUCUGUAAUCCUUGACAAGUGCAAAGUUUGAUGGUUGCAACGAGUUUGAUCAAAUAUUUUUGUCAGCUGAAAAAAAUCUGACAAAGUGGACUACAUCACUGUGAUACCAGCGUCAAACUGCAGCAAUAUUGCAGAGUUAAUUAAGUUACACUGUUUGAGUGAUCAAAGUGUGUGUGAGGUUUCAAACAAACACACAAGCUCUUCCCAUCGUUCACCUCCCUCUCUGUCUCUCUGACAAAGUUUUUAGCCUUUUUGUCUUUAAUGCGAGGGUGCACAUCCCUUGUCUCUUGACAUAUCCGACAGAGGACAUCUGAAUGUUACUUCUUCAUCAAGCAGUAUAGAAUGGGGCGUGGGAGGCAUGGAUGGUGGGGGCUGGUUGUACAGAAGCUGGCAUGCAGAGUGUGGGCAGACUCCCCCAUCCUUGACUGUGCUCAAUCAGUAAGGUAAUUAAAAAAGGGCCAACUUAUGCCACGCCACACUGACUCCAGUGAUUAAAACGACACCUCUGCAGUUUCACACAACAAACCACCAGGCCUCAUUAAGGGACCGAGGUGGCCAGCGUGUGAGUGUGUGUGUGUUUUCACUUUUUUAUUUUGCCAUUGGGCUUCUGUGAUAUGACAAUGCAUUUUCUAAGAGCCAACUGCCUUUUAGUUUUAGCGCAUUAGAAACACAAUUGGAUAAUUAAAAGAAUUUAUUCAUUCCCAUUCCACAUAAAGACUUGUUUGUCGGCCCGUUUUUUCCUAUUUGUUCUGAGGCCACUUUCACAAUGCAGUUUUAUUUUUCACCAUGUUAAAUGAAGUUGUUUUUUCAUUGUUCAUGCCAAUUAGUUUUUCAGAUUCAAAGUUAAAUUCAAUAAUACUUCGCUAAAUUCUGUGGCAGGGUUGUGUAGUUUGCUCUUGCUUUCAAAGCACUUCUCAAUGUUUUUGGCCAGUAAUGUAAAUUCAACACUAACUUUUGGUUAUCAUCUUUCCAUCUCUUAAUCUGGCUCUUUUAUAUAGAAGCAUACAGAUGGAAAGCUGCAAAAAGCUGAAGGGUCUAAAUGAAAAAUAAACAAAGUAAAGACAUAAACAUUAUCUCUAGAUCUGCAGUAUUGAGUGUUUGUGUAUUGGCUUUAUUUGAGUAGUUGCUCUGACAUCAUAGAAGUUGGUAUUGGCUAGAAAAUGAUGAUACAAUUUGCAUUCUUUGACCCUAGCGUGGCUUUUUAUACUCUCAGUCACCAGAUUCAUUAAGAUAGUUCACCCAUCCAUCUUCUACUGCUUGACUGGAGUUGGGUUGCGGGGGCUGCAGCCUGAGCAGGGAAGCCCAGACUUACUUCUCUCCGGCCACUUUGUCCGGCUCUUCCCGGGGGAUCCUGAGGCGUUCCCAGGACAGUUAAGAGACAUAGUCUCCCCAGAGUGUCUUGUAAUUAAGAUAGAUCAUCCAAACAAAUGUACUGCCAUACAUUGCCUUUAACACUGCAUGGCAGUAGCAUCUGCUAAAUGACAUUAUGACAUUGUAAGUGAGCAUGCUGGCUGGUGUUAAAAUACUUCAAAAUAGUCAAUCCCAUAUCAGUUUAUUUCAAUGAUACAUUGCAAUAACUCUGAAUUGUAUUAGAUAAACCUUUUGGAGUACCCCAAGGAUAAUUUUUUGGACUUGUUUGAUUUUAGAUAGUCUCUUUUCCUCUUUUUUGCAGCCUAUUUGUAAAGCACUGUGAAAUGCAUUCUGAUUUGCAUGAUUUUAGGUGCUAUCUAAAUGAAGCUUGCUUGAUUGACUGAUUUAAUCUUCAACUAAGGGCGGUAGCCUCUGUAUCCAACAGCUGAGCUGAACAAACACACAUAACUUAUCAAAAAGUGACAAUUUUUUAAAAAUCCAUUCUCCCUCAAAAAAGAAAAAAAAAAAUCAGUGCAUUCAUCUUUUCUUACACUCCUAAUUGCCACCAUGGUUUCAAUUUUUGUGUGUUGUUGACUCCUUAAAGUUUCUUGCCUAUUGCUCAUUGUUAUAGAGUCACACAACAAUGAUGUUGGAUGACAUUUACUCAGGUGUCUUGUCCUUGCAAGGUCCUGCCGUCACUUAUUUUAUACCGAGCUCAGCAGGUAUUUUGAAGGAGAAAGGGGGAAAAAAACAAUCAACGAGGACUAUAUAUCAAACCUGAUCUUUUUAAGGGACAAAAUAAUAAAAAGAAAGCGCUAUGAAUGUAAAUGUGAAUCUCGUUAAAAAGUUGCAAAGUUCAGCCCAAUCCUAAAAGGGUACGGCCGUAAUGAGGCGGACAUUGAUUAUGUGUAUCCACAAGAGUUUGGUAUCGAGUAAGGCUCUCAGCAGGUCAGCUGUCUCUAAAUCAUGGCCUGAGUCAGUAUGUGUGCUGAUUACGCCGUAGUCAAGGUUGAACCUCCUACACCUUCUCCAAUGUGCUAUAAAUAUUCAUAUGCCAGAGCCCACACACUGGGCUGGACUAAUAGCCUGCUAAAAGAUGUCUCCCAGGUGCAGCGGAGAGAAUGACAGAGCAGGAGAGACAAUUGGAGGAGUGUGAGUGGCUAUGUUAGAAACUUGUGAAAUAUAUCAUUCUCCUUUUGAAACUGUCUUUGCUUGUUAUCUUGUGAAAAUGUGAAAUGAUAAUUCAAGGCCCAUUACACUACAUGAGAUUGAAUUAACAGGGAGUGUGUGAAUGAGAGAAAAUCAGAACUGGCACCUGCCUGCUAGAGCUGGAAGCUUGCUCUUUGGGCUUUUUUUCUUAUUUUGAACCUUGUGAAAGGUGUGCAGUGACUUGAGUAAGCGCUCGCAAGAAACGUGAGGAAGUGGUAAUGUUACAGAUUAUGCCCUCCACGCGGGUCGUGGGGUUAAUGAAACUUCUGAUGAGAAACGCAAUUUGCCUUCGUCUAUUAUCUCCACUGCCAAUAGCCCGUGCUCCACCGCCUCUUCUCCUUCACUGUGGGUUUUUUCCACAGGGUUUAGUGAUCGGUGGAGUCGGGAAGGAGGGGACACGUCUAAAAAGAUGAUGAGUUUUUAAUCUUUUUAACAUUUACAUGUCCUACUCAGGAUUGACACGGGCGCUGUUGAUCUAGAAUUGUCUCUGACCCUACCCAGGCUUCCUCAAGGACCCCAGACUGUGUUUAUCAUAUCAGAACCUGUUCUCCAGUUGACCUUGCGGGCCUGCUAGCUAUCUGAAACCUCUCUCUGCAGGGCUGGAGAGGAUCUGGUGAUAAAAGGAGUUGCUCAGGCAUGUCUAAACCUAGAGGACUUUUUGUGAAUUUACUUUCCAUAGUGUGUUGCUUAAAGGGUGUUUUUUAAAUAAGUAUCUUGAAUAUUUAAAGGGCAGUUGACACAGAAAAUGCUGUCUUCAUUUAUGUUUUCAUAUUCACCUAACGUGAAGGUGUGUUUUCCUCAUAGCAGGUUGUCUAACAGUGUAAGAGAGUUUUAAUUAAACUCUUCUCUGUAGUUGGAUCAAUGGUGCCUCGGGCAAUGGUGCCGUCAGACAAGAUGAAUAUUAUUCUCUCAUGCACUGGACUGCAGGUGACAGCCGUCUGUAUUUUUAGAGAUUGAAUAGUAUGAAACAGUUGCCAGCUGUCAAUCAGUGCCUUUGCUUAAGAUAGUGUUUAUCCUGAAGCCCUUUUAAACCCUCUACCUUUGCCUUUCAGUGCUUUAUCACUUUCCUAACUGCAGUGAGUAGUUGUCAGAAAUUAGGAAGGCUCCAGAGGUUGGCAUUAUUAGAUUUUCUGUAUUCUAGUGUGUUAAGGCAUGGAUAUCACUGAAGAGCAAAUAGCUUACAGUGUGGGUGUGAAAAAGAUACUGAAAAGGUGAGGACAACUAAAAUCACAGCAGUGGGAGGUAGAAGAACUUAGUAAUGAGCUUAGAUGUGUUGUUUUCAUACAACCUGUUGCAUUGACUAUCUCAGUUUAUCCUUAUAUUAUCACGUAUGACUGCUAAAGAUCAUUUCCCCUGGGUGAGGGUGUGUCCCUGAUAGUUUGACUGUUUAUUUUGAAUGACUUAUUAGCAGGACUUUAAUGCUGUUCUUAAAAGCACAGGCUCAGAAGUGCAGGCCACUGAAUGCACCAGUCAAGGAAAUUCAAUCUUUUUCAAUAAAACUCAGCUUAACUUCUUCCUGCACUGCAAAAGAAACUUAACAGGUAAAGCCAACAAGCCAAAAACGUAUUAUUUCAUGCUUUCAAUGGUUUGUGGAUUUUCUUUUUGAGUUUCUCUGCACAAAGGUUUACACAAAAUCCUGCCAGGCAGAUUUCGUUAGAUGGGAAAAUGAGGGAAAGCUAUUACAAGCCAUAAAAACAAAAGCAAAGUGUAUUGAUAUCAUUUCAUGAAUUUGCUUGUCUUCCUUCAUUUCCACUGGUGACUUUGUAAUUAAAGAGUAAAUAGAAGGAAACAUUCACUCAGCACUUUCUUAUACUUCUGCCUAAAUGGCAGAAUUCAAGAUGAAGCGCCAAGACGUUCUUUUACACAUUUUCAACACUUACCGCCCAUCUGAUGACGCUGGGAUCAGGUUUAUGAGUGACUCUGCUGUUACCACAUGUAACCAGGUAAUAAUGGACUCUGACAACAGGGAUUAUCCUAUCGAACAAAUACAGGAGGAAAGUAAUCUUGACACAUGCAGACACCCCUAAAUACACCCCCCCCCCCCCCCCCCCACACACACACACACACACACACACACACACACACACACUGCAGUGUCACCACAUGGCACUUCUGCCUUCAGAGCACGUUUUGACCGAGUCGCAGGCUGGCAUCUUUACUUUCAUGCUUAAUUACCUGCGGAGAUAGACCGGUGGAGACAUGGAGUCAUACAUGUAUGAUGUCCCCUGACAUGAAUAUAUGUAGAUAGGGGGGCUGGUGCUGGGAUUUGAGAAAGGAGGAUGUAUUUGCAGCUUUGUGUGUGUUUGUGUUCAGACAAUUAAACUAGAUUAAACUUAAAGCUCUUAAAGCUGAGGAGUUUUUGUUUGGUUAUGAAACAAACAGAGAUGAACAGUAAUGCAUCUCUAUGAUGACACCACCAACAUCCAAACUAAUAACAUCUCUGCAGUAUUUUGUAAUGCCCGUGUCUGCUGUGAGGGGGUAGGUGCACUAAAGAAACAGAUUUUGGUCCUUUUUUCACAGCAGAUAUUAAUAAUUUACUGAAAAGGCACCAGUAGGAGAUUUUUGCCAUUUAAAUGCUUUUACAAGGAUCAUGCAUCAGCAACAAUGUCAGGGUCAUCACAUUGUCCACUAGGGGUACCAGAGUCAACACAGACGUUCCUCGCUGGAACUUUUACUGUUGGUUUAUGGAACAUUAAAAAAGUGACAAAUGUGUAUUAAUAUUUCUUCAAUGUUAGGGGGUUAUUAUUGAAUUGUUUUAUCCAGAUUUUCAGUCAAGAAUCCAAAGGCUUAAAACUUUAUUCAAGUAUUCAACUCAAUGUACAGUGCACCUUUCAUACUGAUACUAAUUAUUUGUAAUUAAUGAGAGUCGUAAGCAAUGUUUAAGACUGAUAUGCUAGUCCAAAUUCAGAGUAUUACAAACUUCAGCACAUAUUUUUCACAGAUUGAAAUGUUCACCAUCAUUUACAAGAGUAACCUAGUUACUGUAAGCCAAUCAAAAAGUGUUGUGGGCGGAACAUUAGUGGUGCCAGGACUGAAAACAUAUUGGUAGUAAUGACUGACAGAAAAUUUGAGAAAUCAAUGAACCACCAUCUAGAAGUAACUUUAAGAAGGAAUAGUAUUAGGAUUCAUUAAAAUCUCACAUGAACACAGCACAAAAAAAUAAUGAAUAGAUAAAUCUAUUAAAAAAACAAUGAAAAAAAGACUGUCUUGGACUCUGAAGUUACAUCAAGUUGAAAGCCUGAUUGAAAACACAUUACUUAAUCAGUAUGCCUUUAAUUUCUUUUUAGAAAUACUGGGAGAAGUGACCAUUUUUAUAUACCUCAGCUUGUUUUUUGUUUGCAGAUAGAAACCCCACAGAAACUAACAACAGUCAACUUUUACAUUAACAUUACAGUUAAAGAAUUAGAGAAUUUCUGCAUUGGAACUAAUGAUUAGUGGACAAACAAUAACUCUUUAUCAAAAAUGACAAUAGAUUGCCUGUCAUUCAGCUCAUUUACCCCAUUUAACAGCUAAUAGUUGCAGCUUUGGUAACAACCCAGACAGACCAAUCUGGACUUCUCACUGAAUCAUUAUAUUUUAUAUGUAAAUUCUCAACAACACAUUUUCUGAUUAAUGCAGAUUUUCUAACACCCACCUACCUCUCUCUCUGUCUGACCUCUUUAUACAAUAGGACUCUAUUCAGUGUCCAAACAAACACAAUAUGCCUGUCAGCAAACAAUAGCUGUUUACUUUUAUAAACCUCCAUUGCUCUUCUCUUGUUUUUCCUCCCCAGUUGAUGAAGAGGCCCUGAGGAAGAAGAUCACUGCUGAGCUGUACAAAGGCUUGGAGCAGGACAGGGCCAAGGCAGAGCAGGAGCUGCAAGCCUGGUGAGACACAAAAACACACACAUACAGAAUAUUCUGGUUGGAAAUGAUGAAGUAAUUUUUUGUUUAUUAUCUUCCUCGGAAACUUCCUCGUUUAAAGUGUUCAUGAAUUUCAGAAUGGGACUUUUCUUGUUUUGAAGUUGAAAUCCAGACUCCCAGACUUCCCUGUUCUCCCUCCCUCCAUGCCUCCCCUCUCCAGAUCAUGAUUGACUCAGGGGCCCCUGCAAUAGUGUCACUUCUAGAUCCUGGUUUCAUUAGGAACCUGAGACAUUUUCAGAUGUUACCAUUUCCCUCUUUCAUUAAUAGUCAAAAAGGUCAGCACCGCUCUCUCCUAUCCCCGCUGUGUUUCCAAUCUCCUUUACUUCCGAAGCACAUCAGCACUUUUUCCUCCCUCUGUCUCUGCUCCUCUUGUUCUCUCCGGAUCAAUUAAUCAUGCCUGAGAGAGAGAGAGAGAAAGGAGGGCGCUAUCCUGAGGUAAUUUCCUGGGUGUUGAAUGGGUGAUACAUUAGCCCUGCCUGAUGAAGAAACACACACUUCAUGUGAGAAGUACAUUUCUUCCCCCCUCUCCUUUCCCCUCACCUUUCCCGUUUCUUUUUGACCCUAAAGAAGCAGGUGCAUGCACCAUAAUGUCCGAUAAUCACGUUGCUCCGCCUCUUUAAUAGGCCUGGAUGAACGAUGGCAGACUCCGGUGGAAAAACAUCAGCGAUUAAGCGCACUUCUACACUGUAUAAAAACAACCUCUCUGUAUCCAGAGGGAGUUAGCGUUAGCCUAGCAAUUUGCCCCACUUUUGAGGCUCAUUCAAGAAACGAAAAAUUAACGAGUGGUUUUGAGAAAUCAUUUGUCCAUUGAUUUCUUCUCCUGCUGUUUUUUAUGUAACUACUUCCUGCAGCUCACUUAUUGAUGUCUGCCCAGAUGAGUAAGUGCUUCAAAAUAAUGCUGUCCACGCAAAUAAUUGAAAUCAUGCUGUCUUUGAAGCCCUCAAUUUUAUGUUUUCACUUAAGUGGACUUAACUGAACAUGAAAUGGUAAAUAAGCAAUCUUUAGUUGCUGUCUGGUUUGUCUUUUGCUCAUUUUGCUCGUCUUGGUUUUUCAUUUUACUUCGUGUGCGUGUGUUUGUGUCUGCCUUUGUGUGUCUUUUUUUCAUAUCUCGUAAUGAAUGGGACAGUUUAUUCAAGGAUACGUUCUGGGGUUUGUGGAAGGCUUAAAAGGCACAGCUUAGUCGUGUUAAUUUGUUUGUUAAAUCAAUAAGUCUUGAAAAUCUAAUCAAAAUCUGCAUGGUGUUUAAUUUUUGGACAGUGGAUUGAGGUUGAGGCGGGAAGGAGAGAGAAUGAGGUGACAUGCAAGUUUAAAAAAAGCUGAAUUUCUGUAUUUCCAUCUCUGUCCAUCAGGCCGUAGAAAAGUCAUUGGCUCCUUUUUCUUUCAUCACUGAACUUUUCUUUUCACGUGGAGUAAAGGUGACUUUUCCUUUCUUUUAAUUGAAAUAGAUGAGAUGAACUCAGUUCUCUUUUGCUCGUUCUUUUCAGUCAAAGCAUCAUUUAACUGCAAUAGUAUUUCACCUUCUCAUAGUGCAUGAGGUAAUUACAGAGUUUUUGGAUGUGGGAGGCAAAGAGGGGUCCGUGAUUGUGGUCCUGGCUGUGCUGGAAGACUCAGCAAGUUGACUAAAAAAAUGUGGUAAAGGUACAUUUGUGUUUGUUUGUGUAUGUGUGUGUGUGUAUCAAAGCUCAGCUAACAAGCACAGAGGCUCACUAGUUACAGAUCCCUGCAGUGAAACCGCUGCACAGCUUGAACACAGGGAAAUGGAAUAAUGUGUGAACCCCCAGGUCAGCAGGAGAGCACACACACAUGUAGACAACACACACACACAUUCACGAGAUACAUGAGGCCGAAAUCUCAAGGUAUCCAACAUGAAAGAUUGCUGCUGCAGUUUUUCUUUUGUUACACUGUCCAGCCAAUCCCUGAUGUUUGCUCCUUUAAACCUCUGCAACAAUAUAUAUCAAAUGUAAUAACCCUGCAUGGAGAUCUAGAGACUUCGAGGGGAAGUCUUGUUUACGUUAGGCAGCAUUUCCUCUGUUUGGCUUUACUUCAACUCCAGAGAUGUGGCUUUGCAUGUUUUGCUCCGGUAGAAGUGAAGUAAGAACUCCGCGAGAAGUUCAUUUAGGUGCAGCCUAAACUCAUUUGAAGCGAGGAGUGGCUGCAGGGAGCAGAUUUGCCUGCGCUGCUUCUCUGUGAGGCAUCAGAGCAGAACGACUCAGAGAAAAGGACGAGCGAGACGGAGGGACGAAGGAAGAGAGGACUCUUACAGCAUCCUGUCUCUUCCUUCUCUUCUUUACUUAACCUGCGUUCCUGAUUGAUCGAGUUUUUUCCUCCAGGGCUUCUCUCCAUCUUGCUUUCCUGUUUUCUCUCUUAUCUAUUUCCUAUUUGUCUCUCAGUUUUCCACUCCUCUGUUUUGUCUACAUUCUGCUCUUCUCUAUCAGUCCCCUACGAUUUUCUCCCCUCCUUUUUCUCAUCUAUUUACUUCUUUUCUCUCUCUUUUAGUGUCUAUCUCAAACACAUUAAGCUAAGUUGUAGUUAUAAAACUUCGGUUUGUUAUUUAAGCAAUACUCACAGGUCAGAUCCAGAGGGAAAAUCUUGCCUGUGAUUUAUGCAUCUUGUUUUAUGAUACAUACUCUGGUGCACACAUGAACCCUGAACCACAACCCUUAUUUCAAAGAAAGUUUGGAGUUAUGAUAUUGUCAAUACUGUCAGGUGUCAAACUUAUACCUCCUAACUAAGUAGAAAACAUACAUUUUCUUCUCUUAGUGUGUUGCAUGAGAAUUAAAGCUGAGAGGAGCAAUGAUAUCCCUGGUUUUGAUAACACGUUAGGUCCGAACACAAAGACCAUCACACUUUAUUCCUCAUAUUGUACAAAGUCAAGGGGGAAAAAAAGCCUUUAUAUUCUGUGGGCCCUUUUCUAAAUUCCCUCACUGCCCUGGCCUUUGUUUCCCCACACACUUAAUUUGAUCUCUGUCCUGGCAUUUCAUACUACCCACAGUCAGGUGUGUGCGUGUGCAUGCAUGUGUGUGUGUUUAUGUGUGAGCGCCAGUGUGUCAGGGAGAGUGCAUAGCUCCAUAAAAAAUUCAUGGGCAGUAUUCAGCUGCAUUAUUCCUAACAUCAAUAUUGCAUCGGGCCUUUAAAUGCCUUUGUUUCAGUCAGCACUGUUAUGCGGAUCUGUCAGAAUCCAUCCUGCCAGGCAUACUGUAUUGAGACAUAUCUUGUGUAGAUGACAGCUAGACAACAGGAAACAUUAUCAGGUGAGGAGUGAGAGAGAGGAAGAGAGAGAGGGAGGAAGCAGGAGAAAGAGGGUGGAGGUUGAAGACAUGAAUUUGAAUGUUGUUUUCUUUUGAUAUUCAUGAAACAGGUAAGAGUAUUUGGAUGGUUUGAUUGAGAGUAGGGCUGCAGCUAUCGAUUAUUUUAGUAAUCGAGUACUCUAUCGAUUAAUCUGUCGAUUAAUCGAGUAAUCGGAUAAGAAAUGUUUUGCUCUCACUGUAAUACUUUGCAUUGAAUCACGUUUGCCUCAUUAAAAACCAUCCAUGCAUUAAGUCCGCUCUGCGGACUUAAUGCAUGGACCGGGUGUUUUCUUUUAAGGUGCUGCAGCAUUGACGACGUGCUGUUGUGAAACGCCAACUCCGCCUUACAGUGAACGCACUGCACGGCGUUUUCUUUCCUUUUCAGUGUGUAAUGGUCCCACACUUUAGACACUUUCUGCCGUUUCCUCUGCGUGUCAUCUCUUUCUUCCUCUCUCUGUCUGUCCUCGUUUCCCUCCAUGAUUGAACCAAACGCGCCAUAGACAUAAUAAAAGAUAGACCCCGCAUCGGCCGCUACCACGAAUGGGCGCUGUCGAGAAAUGCGGCCGCCAUCUUGGUCCGGUCAUCCGCCUCACUCUGCACUGCUGUUUAACCGGCGGAAUGAAGUCUGAGCGCAUUAAUGAAUCAUAGUUCGCUCAAUACUACGUAAUUUUCUUCUCUGCAAACGCCAUUCAAAGAGGCAUGAUAGAGGCCAUAUUUUUUUUUUGCCUUUUCAAAUACUCAGAAUGAAUAAAAUGAUAUUUUAGAACAUGGCAGCAGUGGCUGUAUUAUAGUAUAACAAUUAAUCAAGGAUAUAUUUAGGUUUAGAGCUAGGUUCCUGCUAUGUCUCAAUAAUUAUUAAUAACUGGCGGUAUUAAUAGGCCAAUUCAAUAUAUAUUGAUUUGAUUAUAAUUUUUUAUAUAGUUUAAUUUUAUUUAUCCAUUUGUAGACACACACACAAAUAAUGUCAUAUAGAAGCACUAUUUUAAUAACUGGAAAAUACACACAAAUAUAUAGCCUACAUAUCAAAAAGAUUUAAACACAAGAACAGCAUGACAGGACAGCAUCUAAACUACAUAUCAAUUUGCUUGUUGGCUACACAGCACAGAGGAAUCACUUGCUGCGAAUUUCUCCCUCUAACAGCAAUCUCCCACUUCUUCCUCAAGUUUUUGUCCUUAGGAAAUCUUCAAAAUGAAACAGGAGAUCACCACAAAGAAAUCUUUAAUAAAACAGAUAAUAAAACAGAGCUCACUUUCUUCCUUUUUCUUUCUAUUUUAUUUCUUAACGUUUCUUAGAACCUCUCUCAAACAAAAGUUUUUCAAUCUAAUGCAAAUCUGUUGAUAAUCGACCAAAGUUGCUAUUAUUGUGAAUAAGCUAGCUGUUCGCAAAUGCUGUUUCCUUUUUGGAGUUGACCGAUAGUCUUCCUCUUUGGCCUACAAAUGACUCUACAGUCAAGUGUAAUGUUUAAAAAACGUUUAAUCAUAACUGUGAAAAGUUAUUUCUUGAGCCCUGUUCUCUGCUGUCCGCCUGUUGGCACAGGAAUACGCCGCACAGUGCUCCGGCAUCGCUGAAUGAAUGAAUAUGAUUGACCGGAGCGUAUGGGAAGCUUGACCUGACCAAGAUGGCGGCCGCAUUUCUCGCUGCGCAGCCCCCCCAGCGGGGUCUACCCUUUUAUUAUGUCUAUGGCCCAAUUCCAAACCACCCCCUCACUGACUCAUUGACUUAGGUGCGCGCUCAUGUGAGCUCUGUAGGGCUUGAGGGUUGUUCCAAAUGAAAUCGGUAAGUCAGCGAGGGCUCGGGAACGCCCCUUUCUGCACCCUUUCCGUAAGUCCGUACCGUUGGAGACUUUGGCUAUGAAAUUGCCCACAAUUCAUUGCGUUGCGGGCGUUACCGGAGGACGCUGACGCAGCCGGGGCCAGGAUUUAAAAAGGAACGAGGCCACAAGCGUCUCAUCGUCCGCGACAGACACCAAAAAUGACGGAGAUCAUGGCGAAGAAGCUCAAGAAGAAGCAGUUCAUUCAGGAUCUAGGUGCACCCUUAAUACUCUAACAAAAAGCCAAGAUGAACAAGAAUGCACUACAUUAACAAAGAUAUAAGAUUAUGUAUGUAUAUGUAUAUACAUAUAUAUAUAUAUAUCAGUGGCGGCUGCUGGUCUUUCAAUGAGGGGAAGCUCAUUUUUCUGGCCUACAUCAUAAUUGUAUUUGUUUAUUAGUAUGUAACAGAACAGAGUCGCCAAACACAACGGCAGUCGUUUUUAAUAAAGAUAGAAGUCGCUGAAGAUCGGUAAAGUCUCCGGAGCAGUUAAGAACAACGGAAUGAAUAACUUGGAAAAUGCUCUGGUAGAUGUUUUAUUCUUCAAGAUCGCUGAUUCGCUUGUUUAGCUGUCAAUCAAAAAAGGAUUUCGCCUCAGACAGCUCAUCAAAUCAUGGAGUCCGGGAGUCCGGGAGAAAGUCGGGACCGCCCUCUCGCCAUAGAACUCCAGUGAAGCUGGGCUUCCGAUGGGCGGGACAAAGCCCAGCAUUUAUCCAAUGAGCGUCUAGUUUCGCUGCUGGAACAACCCACUUUUAGCUUCCACAUUGAAGUCAGCAGAAGCCCAGCGUCCGGCUGUUUAAAGCGCUGAGGCGCUGCGAGGAUGAAUGAGAACGAAGUUAUGCCGGUUACCUGUAAUUAUCAGCUUCUUGUCACAGUGUCUGAACAAAAGAUGAAGGCUUUCUAGUGCGUAUUUAGUUAAUGAAAUGUACACACAGCCGUACGUAUUUCACCACUUUUUCUUUUUUUUGGGGGGUGACAUUUUAAGGGAAGCCGAGCUUCCCUUGCAGUCUUAGAGCAAUCGCCACUGAUAUAUAUAUGUGUGUGUGUGUGUGUGUGUGUGUGUGUGUGUGUGUGUGUGUGUGUGUGUGUGUGUGUGUGUGUGUGUGUGUGUGUGUGUGUGUGUGUGUAUAUACAUACAUAUAUGCACACACAUACACACACGCACGCAUGCGUUAUUCUUGUAACAAAGAAAUUUGAUUUUUACUUCAAACUUUUAUCUGAAUCAAUACAUUGUAUACUGAACUAACACUCUAAGCAGUGAUUACUUUCAGAAUCUAGUGCUUCAACCUUAACCAUUCAAUAUCACUUAACCUAUCAUUAAUGCUGGUUUUGUAAUUUAUCAAUCUGAUCAUUAUUUACCAAUUACCUUUUGUCUAUGUUCAAGAGCAAGUGUGUGCAAAAGGAGCAAAACAAUGUUGGCCUUUCUUCUGCGACGUCGCUGGCCGCGAAAUAAAUGCAGAAUUAAGAGGCCCAGAGAGGCAAGUGUCAGUCGCAUCUUUGGUUGUCACGGCAACGUUGUCGUCUGUCAUCAAGGUAACGUGGCACGUCACAAAGGGCUGUUCCAUUGCUUUUAUACCCUUUUGGAGCCCUUAAACCCUCCCACACUCAAGCACUUACCAGCUGACUUAACCUAAGCUAAUGAGGGUGCAGGGCUUGAGGGCUUAGGGUGGAGUUUGGAAUUGGGCCUAUGAAACGCGCGGCAGCGGAAGGAGCGGAAAGAGCACGCUGCCGCGCAACAGAAAUAACCGUCCGUGUCAAACACCGUGCGCUGCACAUGGUUCCGGAUUUAAACGAUUCCUCGAGGCAUAUAAUUUGCCUCGAGGAAUUUUAUUAAUCGAGUUACUCGAGUUACUCGAGUAAUCGUUUCAGCCCUAAUUGAGAGUAUUAGGUAAUGUUUGCAUAAUGGCAUCAAAUCAUUUGGUGAAUGAUUUGCUUUUUUUUCAACACUCAGCUCCAACAUUAUGUGCAUUUACUUUGAAAGGUGAGUACUUCCACACACACAUGUGCCUGCACUGGAAUGUAAAAAGAGCUCAGGAAGCAACUGCAGGUAUUUUAAAAAUGAUUUCAAUGUGGAUGCACUCAAACAAGAGAUUGACUGAGUGAUAAAUUGAGUGAAUCCAGCCAAUUAAUGUCCUUUUGAAAUCAGCUGCAUUAGCCUGAGCUCACAAGGCCAAUGAAAAAAAAGAAGAUAAGUAACAUUUGCAUUCACUGUUGGCAAACUUGUCAUUGUGGCUGCUCUCAAGCAAAUUUAAAUCCACGAAAUGAUAACAUGUUUUUCUGCACUUAAAGUAUACAAUAUUGAAAGUAGUUUCUGGCUCUUAUUUUGUAUGAAUAUGUUAUUAGGUAUUGAAUAAUACAGUUAAGUGUUGCUUCUGACUCUGACAUAGUCCUCUUACAAAAUCUAUUGUAUAACCUAAUGUUUUAUUCUAUUUCAUGAUUAAAAAACUCAUCUGAAACAUGUUACUAAGAUACACAUAUAUAUUGGAUAAUAGUGUUUUAGGAAUAAUUGGUGAUAUUUUUUACGAAACUUUUAACAUCAACAACUGUGUGAUAUCAGCAUAUUUGGCCAUCAGCAGACCUACUCUCUUUGUGUCAGCAUAGGUCAGUAGAAAAUACAUCAGUCAAGCAAAACUAAAAACUGCAGUAUCUCAAGUGUUCAAAAGCCUUGAGAUCAUAUUAACAUAAAUGUUAAAUUUACCCAUUUUCACAGCAGCAAUAAACACGUAAACAGCAAGGUAGAAAAAAUGUUUUCAGUCUGAAUUACUCAUUUCUAUAUCCCAACACCCUGCCUGUAUGUCUGUGUGUGUAUGUGUUGGGGGAAGGUGACAUGCCACCAUUGUAGGGACCUGUCUUCUUCAUGCGGUAUUACCUUGAAGCACACCUUGCUUAGAUAUCAGUUCCCCACAGAACUGGAAUCCUAAAUUCAAAUUACUCUGUGCUAAAGAAUCAAAAUAAGUGAAUUGGACCACAACCUCAUCCUCCAAGGUAUUAAAGCAUCUUAAAAUUGGAUUGUAUUGGUUUUACUUAAAAUUUAAAGCCAUAUACAAUGAGACAGUCUAUCUGUGCCUAUCACCACCUAACUCUAAGUUGCAGCACUCCAGCUGUUUAACCUGUUCACUUUUUAUAAGAACUGCUACAGAAGUCCUCUCUCUGCAGUUUUUAAAAAUAGCAUCCUCAAAGAACUUAAGUGUUCCCAAGUACUUCGUUCAAGGUCCUCACCUACAGAUAGAAAGUUCCCUUUCUGGAAAGCAAGAAAGAGUCUGACCCACUUUCAAAUUAAUGUUACCCCACGGGCUCUGCCAUCCUAUCUUUGUGUUUUUAAGGCUUGAUCCACUGAGCCGUCAACACAGAGGUUACUGGGCCAAGAAUAUCCUCUUUCUCUACUCGGUACCAGGACAAACAUCAGCCAUUUAUCCUCCCAAGUAUUUUUUUCUUUUUCACAAACGUGCUGUCUUUUUCCUUUCCUGGUCUGACUCAACCAUUCUCUAUACCUUAAAGAUUCCCCUUUUCCUGGCCGGUGCCAAUCUUCCACAGCCGAAUGAAAAAUGCGUCCAAUAUCCCAGGGACAGGGUAAUAAUGACUGGAAAGCAAUAGAGGUGAAGCAGACAGAUAGCAUCCAGCUGGUGAUAGCAGUCUUUGCUUGGGUUAGCACUUGUGGGAAAGUGAGUAGAGGGACCUUUUUUUUGCAAGGCUGUCUAUUUGGCUUGGCCCCAUUUCUUUUCAUUUGUCUUGAAUGUAGCUUCCUGUCACUGAAAUGAAGACAGUCGUAUAAAUCUUUUUCUUUUGUUUGUUUCUUGAAUAAUUUGUCAAAAUUAUAGAAAGCUUUUUAUUGAAUUUAGUAUUUUAAUCAAGAUACUUUAUAGAUACUUGAUAGAUAUACUUUUUCAUCAGCAUGUUUUUGCAUCACCUAUCUUGAUUUGCCAUCACUUCACACGUUUGUUUCCUGUUGCAUAACAACACAAAACAAAACGUUACAAGUUGUAGAAAUGGCAACAAAAAAGUACUUUUUAAAGUUCAAAAUCCUAAUAGGCUUGUUAUAUUUACCUUCAACUUUCAUAACACAGUUUGGGACAGUAGCUGAGCAUAAUUGCAGAAUUGCUAAAUUAACCUUAUUCUGAACUCUCAUUUCAACUUUUUUUCACCCACUGCCUGAUACGCUUGGUCUUUGCCGCUUCUUGAGUGAUAAAAAAAAAAGUUAGACGCAGCACAUGGGUGUUCCUUUUUACACGGUUUAGUUGUCAUGAAUUACAGAAAAAGCCUGAGGCUAGCUGUUAGCAACAACUAAGCUCCACAUUACACCACAUUAGUAAGCACUUAGAAUAGUACUUAUAGCUUCUGGCUCAUAGACCAACCAAAAUAACAUGGAGGAACACUUUUUAGAAAUGUGACGAAUAGAAAACCUGCAGAGUAGAGGAACAUGAUGAGUGGUGUAACAGCUUUUCCAGCUUCUGGUUGGGCAUGUCCUUGAUAGAACUCCAGACAGGACCCAUUGUUGUUGUCCUAUUAGCACUGUACAACCUGAGGUCAGGUUGUGGUCAUGUCUCAAAACAAGCUGCUAAGUGAACCUGGAAAACAUGCCCAGACAGGAUUACGGUGCUGUCUGUGUGUCUCACAUCAUGGGAUUUUGCUGCGGUUAAGUAAGGACUUCCAACAUUUGAACUUCAUAUGUAUUUAUUCUAGCAUAUCUCAGCUAAAUCUCCUUAUGGGCUCUGGUGAAGAGUGUUCAUCAUCACCAACAAGACUGAUCAUUUUUAUAUGGCAAUUUUUUUUGUGCCUGAAAGCGGUGAAAGGGGGUGGGUUAUAGAAAAGACAAGACUGUAUGUCCACAGGGGGGAGACAAAAUUAACACAAACUGAAUGUUCCCCACAGGAGCUUCAAGGAAUAUUGUAUUUACAUUCGAUAAUAAGCAUUGGACAAAAAUGCCAAUUUACUCUUUUUGCUCAGAGCCUGAAUUUCAAGUUUUAGGCUCGUCUAAACAGUUUCUUUUUCUGUUGUUUGCAAGACUUAAGAGCAGUAGUUGAAGGAAAAUUUUAUGUUGGACAUGGCCAUAUCCAAAAUGAUGUAUGUCACUGUAAAAACAAUCGUAGCCUUUGUAUUGUGCUACUUUUUUUAUCAUUAUGGGAGACUGCAGGAUAUGCCCAGCACUUAUGUUGUCUUUAAGGGUUAGUGGUAAAAGCCUAGAGCUGCUAAAAACACUGCUAUUGGUGAGAAAACACUGAUAUCUGAAUAAUUACACUUUUAUUAGAAAAUCUGAGUUUACCCGGACAAAGUUUUCAAGAUACACUACAUCUAGAUUUACUCAGGCAGAGUUGCUUGUUGUCAUAGUAAGGAAAAACAGCAGCUAAAGUUUUGUGUACUGAAGGCAGCUUGGUGCAUUAGGGGUGUAUUGCAGGGAAAUGGUGAAUGUAAAAGGCCAUUAGGAGUCUCCCUCUGUGUCUUUGUGUGUGAGUCAAAGCUAGAUGAUGGAUGGAGUCUGCUGACGUGUGCAGCCCAGUGGACUGUGAGACUGGACAUGGCUGGUCUCUCUCCGUCUCCCUCCAUCUCUCGCUCCCACUCUCUGCCUCGCUCCCUCUUUGCUUGACUUCCUCGGGGCCAAACAUGUCAUGUCGCUGCUGCUCACUCCUGCUUCUCCCUCUCUCUCUCUCUCUCUCUCUUUUUUUGUGUCUCUCCGUCUCAGCUGCUCUCCGACAUUGAGUGGAGUUGCGGGGCAAAUGGCAGCUUUAAGACAUCAGACACCAUGCAUGUUUUUAUUAAAGUUUACCUGUUGCAAAAGCCAAAGACAUGGCAUGUUGAUUCAUCAUUGCCUUUAUUUUGUGAACUCUCACAGCUAAUUGGAGGUAAAAAUUAGGCUUUUGUAAAGAAAGUAAAAAAAGAAUAACUGCUACUGUAUUUUGGUCUGUAUCUGACACAGGUAUGGAUGCUGAUAUCAGUAUGGAACAAUGCUUGUGAUCUCUAUGAUAUCCAAGGUGAAGUUUUUGCCAAGAUUAAUGUAUUGCGAAGUUGAAUAUGUUCAGUAUGCAGAAGCCCAAGGCAAAUUAAAGCAAUGAAAAUGUGCUGCAAAAGAAAAAAGAAGACAUCCUGCAAUAAGCCAGAACAACCUCAUAAACAGCAAACGUGUUGUAAAUACAUUAACUAUGCAAAUCCAAACACACUGCUCUACUGUAGCACAAUUCAUUAGUGACACAGAAGGUUUUUCCUCACUAAUUAAACUUCAAAAUUGCAUAAAAGUUUUUUUAGGGGCCUUGUUUGACCUGUACGAGAUUGAACAGCUGAAGAAAAAAGGUAAUGUGGGGAGUAGAGAGAAGAAGAAGAAACCAAUGAGAGGGUUGGGGCCAGAAGAGUCUGAAUUUGCAUCAUGUUUCCCUUUAUGGAGAUCUGUCUGAACUAUUGCAGAGAGCUUAGCCGUAUUGGCCACUGCAGAUAUCAGAAGAACAACUUUGGAAAUAAAAAAGUAUGGAAAAGGAGAUCAUUCUGAUAUCUAAUUGACCACUCUUAAAGAACAACUGCGAUUUAAUUGUUUACUUGAAUCCAGGUUACUUUGUUAAUACUUAAAAGGCACUAUAAGGAGUUUUAACUAUUUAAGAAGCAGCCAGAAACUGAUACUGAUGCCUCCUUAUGACCUUCAAAAGCAAACAACACCAUAGGUAUUAAUGCUGAUAAUUUCACUGUCGUAAUAUUGAUGCUUAAAACUGAUUACUUGCCGCAGCUUUAAGGUGAAUUUGUUUGGAGCAGCUUGUACUUGAGAUUUAGCUAAUCAGCAGCAUACGAAGAAAAAUAAACUCUACAGAAGUAAUUAAGCAGACUAGUAAAUAGACCAAAUACUGCAUUUGAAAAAAAAUUCCAGUCUGGGUAAAAGAAUAAAAAGUCUGUUGAGUAAUAUAUAAUUUAAGGAGCCUAUAGCAUCCUCGUUUCAUCAUUUUGAAAAGCAGUUUGUUUUUAAUGCAGCCAAGCUAAAAUGCUUUCAGCUCUUUUAAUCUGCUGCAAACAAAAAGAACUUAGAUUUCUUUGUUUCAUCGCAAUAAAUAGAGCUUCCUCUGACAUUCAGAUAGCUGUAAACAAAAGCGAUGAGAUUGAUGAGUUAGUUUGAAUGCUGAAGAACUGUGAACCGAACGGCUUUUCUAUCCAUAGAACAGGUCAGAAAACAGUCAGCACACACCAUCACUCUCAGUUGAGCCAGUCUCCCUCUCAUCCCGGCUGUCUGUCAGAGUGGUCUUUGGAUUUUUUUUCUCUGGCAGAACUUUAUUAAGAUCCUCUCCAUCUUCAUUCAGUCUGUCAUAUUCCUCUCAGCCACUCGCUCUCUCCCUGUUCUGUGUUUAUUUUACCUCGCCGCCACUGUUUGAUUCCUAGCAGAGGAAGACUUUCAGGGUUUCAGGGACGUUCCUCCUCUUUUCCAAUCAGGCACACUGUCGCUGAGUAGGGAGUGUGUCGCUAGGCAACAACAAGAACCCAGUGACAGGGUUCAAAUGGUGGUCUUAUGUCUGCAGAGAGCGUUCUGCCUCCAUCUAUAUCACUGCUUCAUUGAAUGGAUGGCUGAAGUUUUGGAUGACGGUUUUGCUUGUUACAUAUUAAUAGUCUAAUCAAUCUUCAGUGUAAAUCAUUUGGAAAUUAUAUGAAUUGAUUCAAACUGUCUAACAGAUGUUAACUCACUGUGAAACAUCAAGGUUUUUUUUGACUAAGUUCAACUUUUCUUCCACUGUAUGACUCCUGGAUGUUUCCUUUUUUUUCAGUUAGCUGUGGUGCAGCAAGAGCAUGAGUAUAGAUGACUCUGACAUUAAGGUUGAAAAUCAAUAAUCAGGUGUAUUGACCGAUCUGUGCUUCAUUAGCACAGUAAUCACAUUUGUGACCUUUUAAUUCUUUUGGGAGACACUCUUGACUCUGCAGCAUGCAAUGCAGCAGUACAGCAAGCAAGAAGGUGGGUUUAAACGUUGGUUUGAACUCUAAAGGUGCUUCGAAAGUUCACUUUUUAAUGAUUUAAAGAAAUGAAAUAUCUUUGUGGAUUGUUAGUGAUCAACAUUACCAUCAUGUUAUAUGUUAUUUGUUGUCCUCUUUAGCAACAUCUGUGUAACCAUGUAGUUGUAGCACUCUUCACUCUCUGCACUUGGCCAACUUUUCACUGGGGGAUGGUGUGCAGGUUGAACAUUGGCUGAUACAUGCCCUUUUUACAGACAUCUGCCCAUCAGCAAUAAUCUGCCAUGCAAUUACAUGUUUCUCGCCACAUCUUAUCUGUUUUAUCAAUUUAACGCUGGUAAAGCAACACAGACCUGACUUGUGAUAGAGGGGGGCUAUUUGGCAGAAGCAGCCAGAUCAGCAACAUGCAGUCUCUGGAACAUAUUCCUGGGACAUUUCAGGAAGAAACUAUUUUUGCUCCUGUUUUGAUACAUCAAACCACAUAGCUUCUUUUAAAACAGAGAAAGUAUUAGAAAUAAGUAAUGCAAGACACGUGUAAACACAGACCAAUAGCUUAUAAUCAGUAUUGGUAUCUGCACUAAAUUUUAGGAUUUAAGCAUCUUUUCUCUCCACGUACCCAUGCAUGUCAGUUUUACAUGUCCACUAGGGCUGGGCGAUAUGGCCUCAAAUCAAUAUCACGAUUUAUUGAGCAGUUCACCUUGAUAACAAUAAAUGGAUGAUAACUACUUCACAAGCUGCUCACCCCCUCCUACAUUAACUUCGUCGACUCCAGCCGCUACAACUUUUGAAUCAUCCUCCAUCUCCUCACCUGUCUUUUCCUCUUUGUUACGGGCUGGAUGAGGUGGAGUCACGUCUCUGACGUAGAACAGCGUCUUAAAGAGACGUGGGACCAUAGCCUACCUACACACAUCCAACAACAACUUUUAUUUAUUUAUUUAUUUGACACCGAAUAUAUUGACACGGGCAAAAUGACGGCGAUUAUUGUCAUACAUUUCGGUAUCGGUAAAUUUUCGGUUUAUCGCCCAGCCCUAAUGUACACCUACUAUCCCCAUUUCAUGCCUACCUUUGGCUCUUCAAAGUAAAUGCUAUUUCACCCUAAAUACCAGUAUUGAGGUGGUUUGGACUUCAUAAAUAUAUAACAUCUAAGAUCUGUAGCACAUGCAUUAACCCUGUGAAAUGUUGAUUCCCCACAGGCUGGAGUCAGAGAAGGCCCGGUCUGCAGCCCAGGCUCAGGCUGAAGCCCAGUCUCAGGUCCAGGAUGAAGUGAGCAGGAUCCUGUCAGUGGAGCGAGCCGUGGCCCAUGAGAGCCUACAGCAGGCUGUGCUAAGAGAGAGGAUCUCCACUGAGGACGAGAAGCUCCGCGCUCAGCUCUUCGUAAGUAACUUAAACCACUUGAGUAUGGCAUCUCAAGCGGUUUAACUCUUUCUAGUGGCAUUCAUCUGGUUAAAUCUGCCCCACAGUAUCAAACAGAUCUGAACUGAGCAUUGAACCAGCACAGGUACACAGAGAUGUUUGAACAUGAAAACAGGUCCCAUUUUGUGUCCACAUGUUGCAUCACUGAGCAAUAGUUCUCAAUCUGUCUUUUUCAUAUCAGUAUUUACCCCUUAGAAGCAAACAAUCAUUUUAACAAAACAAAAAGUGAAUAAAUCAUUCAUUGCUGUAUCUGCAUGUUGCAGCUUGAUAUUUCUGUCCUCUGCCUGUUCAGCCCGCCGUGUUUAAAAAAGCCCCCGUCACUGUAAGAGUCCUGUGUCUUUAUUUCCUCCAAAUUGCCCUUGUAAACCUUGUCAGAUGAGCACUCCUUACCCCACGCACACACACAGGCGGUGUAUUGUUUCAAAAAGAAAAACAUAUUUUCCCCGGAGUGUAGCUGCUGUUUACAAACCUAUGUUAUUGAUUAUAUAGCUCAUUUCACUCGCUCAUCGUUGUAAUAGAAAAAUGAAUCAUUUUUGUUGAGAGAGAGGAGAAGGGGAGCGUUGACGUGAUUCCUCCCCGUAGGACAAGUGUGCGAGGGAUCCCUCAUUUGGAACGAGGAUCCAGUGGAAAGACAAAAAGGCGGGAUGGCGAAGGAGGGGUGACUCAUGAUGGGAUGUGUUUUUCCCUUUAUCAUGUGUGAAGAAAGCUGUUUCAGUCGUAGGUUUUCUGUCAGUUUUUAUAGGAGACAAGACAGGACAAAUGGAGGGAAGGCCAAUAAUGUAACACCUGCUUUUAGUCAGGGAUAUACAGUAAGAGCAGGACAGUGGGUUAUGGGUCUCAGAGGAGAACCCUUUUGAAUGUCAUCGCCUGGAUGUCUUUUAAGUACCACCUAAAGAAUCUUCUUGUCUUUUCGCUGUAAAGCUUUUGCUUGUGGCCCCAAGGCUAACCUAAGGCCAUUAACAGCCUUUCAGACUACAGAUAUCUGCAAUGCAGUGACUGUUCACAAUGUCAUACGGAGUCUUUGUCUCAGUCUUUGCCUGUAAUUUGUGUUUUCUGCACAAAUCUAGUUGAUAUUUUCAUCCCCCCUUUCAGCUCAUUUACCUCCUUAAUGCAGCAGAAGAAUCUUUAUCACAGGCGUUUUAAAAUGUGUGCCUAUGAGAUAAUUUCCUGAGUUUGAACCUUAUUUUAGAGAGCCGGAGUUUUAAUGGAAUCCGACAGGUUAUCAGUGAAGGCGCGGUGGCGUUUGCAGCACUCAUGUAAUUGUCAAGUCAGACGCAUCCACACAGUCCCUGUCCUUUCAACUGGAAAUGGACUUUUCCUUUUUUUUUUUUAAAUGGCAGCCUCUCACCAAAGACGUCUCCCACCUAUUGUCAUUUUUUUCCCUCUGUCUGUGUUUGUCAAACUUAGGGAAAGUCCCUUCCCCCUCCCUUUAGUGAUAAGAAGACGUCUUUCAUGACGCAUAAAACAUGUUUUUUAAGGUUUUUUAUGUGUUUGUUUUGCCUUUUUGUGUCAGAUUUUUCUUUAUUUAUUCUUAUCUUAUACAUAAUCAGCCUUUGAUUUGUGAUAAGAAGCUUAUGGGCACUUUGGUCUAUCAACAAUGUCCCUCAUCACCACCUUGUCUGCAUUGGGUAACCAACAAAUUGAAUUAGCAUUGUCGUAAAGCGUGUGAACAUCAGUCGUCCGGAGGUGAAAUUGGUUCUGAUCGCUGGGUUAAGUCAAUAAGUUGAUUGAGGAAGAGCUUCUGAGAGAGAUUGAGGUCUGCUGUACUGACUAAGCACAUAAUCUGGUAGCUGAUAGAGCUUUCAAAGGUGAUUUGUUAAAGCCCUUAUCCCCAGUAAACCUGUUAACACUUCAUGCAUUGUGCCAUUACCUGCCCUGUUAGCAAUAACCUUGAGCAAAUCAUUUCAAUUCACACUCCCAUUCAUUAUUGUGCGAAAGCAUUCUCGCUUUUGCAUGUUAAUAAGCGCUCGUUUGCAAAUUCACACUUUAGACGAAUUGUGUGCAAAGUGCUGCAUAAAAAAUUGCUUUUAAAAAUAAGAUGUCGGAAGUUAGAGAAUCCUCUCCACAUUACUGGGGUAGCUCUCCAAGUCUUGUGUUUAACUCGAGUUACCAGAGCAAAAAUGUGUCAACUCAAAAUCUUUUGAGUGAGGGAUAAAAAUCUGUUUUUUCUUUUUUUUUUUUUUUUAACUGACAUGAGUGAAAGUGUUUUGAAAACUGCUUGAUUUAUCACAGCCCACCAUCAGUUUUGGUGUCAAGCCAAAUGAUAUUUUUUUGUUGUUGUUUUUUUUUUUGUUUUUACAAUAUUGUGGAGAGUGAAAAACUUGGUGUCGCCCACAUGAGUAAACAUCACAUCUGUCAUCAGUCAAUCCAUCUGUCCAACUCGGGAGGGCUGUUUUUAUUCUGAUGGUUUUAUAAAGACAAGAAGAGAACAAAAAAACACAAGGAGAGAAACGGGAUUGUCAUUCAACAUAUGUCUCCAGUUGGACCUAAUCCAGGGUUGUAAAUACCCUCGAUUACUGUUUUCUGGCACAUUAAACCAGGUUGCUAUCUGAAACUGUUAGCUGACCUAUAGAAAAUAAUCAAAAACACAGCUUUCUUUAAUGGCACAGAAAAGGGAGCUUUACCUGUAGCUAAAAACUGGAAAAAUAUACUUAAAAGGUCAAAUAUGUAGUCAGAGUCCAGGUUCUGUUAUUGUGCUCCAAAUUGCUUUAAUUGAACGUGAAUUGACCUUAACCCUACUUUCAUGUUCAUUGCCAGCUUAAAAAAACAUUUGUCUAUUGCAGCUGCAGCUCUUGUGUUCUUUUGUCCCGUGUGGUAUUGAUUUGUCUGUCUCAUUAAGAUACAGGUCACGGUGAGCAGCAGGACCCCGUACAUUCCCUCCCCGACUUCACACACAAUGAGAGCAAUGCUGGGACCAGUUAUGCCUCCCCACGCUUGCCUAUUAUGGCCGCAACCUCAGCAAGCGUUGCUGCUCCAAUUACAGUGACACCCAUUCUGAAGUAUUGCCCCAAGACGUACGGCUGGGUAUCGUUUAGAUUUCAUUGAUUUGGAUUCCACAUCAAGAUUUCAGGUCUUAUUUUAAACGUCAAAAUCUGGUCACAUUAGGACUUAAAGGAAAAAUAAUUUAUGUUGAAAACUGGACCCUCUCUCAGAAAUACCUUGGUAACAUUUUACUUGACUCCUGUCUUUGUAUUGCAUCAUAAAUAUAUGAAUAAUGCGUUAUAAUCACGUUAAGGCACUUUGUAACUAUAGCUAAAACACUCAUAAAUGAUCAUAAUGCUUUAUAGCAAUAAUCAUAACACGUUAUCAAGCAUUUUAUCAUGACUUACAAGAUCAGGUAUUAUAAUGUGUUAUGCGUAUUGUUAUAAAGCCUUAUGAUAAUUAAUGAGUGUUUAUAAUGAUAGUUAUACAAGUUUGAAAGCAAAUUGUAACACAUCACAAAUAUAUGUUUAAUGAAUUUUCUAUGUGGUCAUUGUCAGUCAGUUGUUAACAAUUAUAAUACCUGACCUUGUAAGUCGUGAUAAAAUGCUUGAUAAUGUGUUAUGGUUAUUGCUUAUAACGCAUUAUACAUACAUUUAUAAUGCGUAAAGUGUUACCACUACCUUUAUUUAACAACAUAUCUAACAUUAUAUCUACCCGUGUUAGUGCACUUCUGCUCACAGCAUCAUUUUCUGCAUGACACUUCAUGCCUUAAAAAAUGACACUGUCAGACAAUGGAGGACAUAUGACUAAGUACCCAUAUAAUAGCUGUGGUCGGCCAAUAUCAGCCUGAUGAUAUCGGCAAACUGAUAUAUCAGUCAGGCUCCAGCCUUUUUAUAUACCACAGAAUGACUGUUGUCUCCCUGUUUCUAAGAUUUAUGGCCAUUAUAACAGCUACCAACCUUUAAAUACACCCCAAGUAUUUUAAAGCAACUAUUUUUUUAUCUAUUCCUGUUCAAACCUUUGUUGGCAUUUAAACUUGUCAUUAAAUGCACUCAAGUAUAUUUUUAUAUAGAGUGUCAUGAGUAGCUUGGGCCUUAGAUGGUUCCUUCCACCCUGCUGUGAGUGCUUGUCCUUCAUGCUUUUCCACCAGCAGUCACUCCGCUCCCUGUCAGGCUGACUGGCAGCAGCCAGCUACCAAGUCUAGCAGUAAUUGAAACUUCACAGCAGCGCAGGCAGGGCUGUGUGUUGUCUUUGUCAUUGUUGUUGGGUUCCUGGGGUUCUGUUGUCUGAGAGGGAACAUGUUCAGUGUCAGCGCUCACACAUGUUCUGCCACUCAGGGGGAACCACGGUGAAGGAAAAAGGAAACUCAGGUGCACAUGGAAGGGGUAACAAGGGUUCAGAAGCACAUUGUCGGCAUGGAUUUUUCACCUUUUUGUGAUCCAAUAUCAGAUAUUCAAAUGAUAAUAAAACAAACAGCAAACAAGUCUCUAAGAAUCUGUAGUUUAUAAAAAGUUCUCUCUUUUUCCUCCGCACAUUUUUGGUUUUGCUCAUUUGCCUGCCUGUCAAGCGAGACGCUUCAUUUCUCAGAUCACAAUGGCCGCCAAAAACAACCGCACUCUGGUUGAUUUCACACCAGAAAGUGUUGCAACACUUAUCAACUCCAUUGUUUUUUCUUCAAUGCAUUUGGCAGCCUAAUAAAGGAAAAUUGUGUUGUCUGAUCACGUGGGCAAUAAGAAUGAAUUCAACAUGAGCUCGAUGGACUGAGUUUAGCGUGAAACGAGUGAUUGGUGGCUGUUAUUUGGUCACAAUGGCCUCAUCAAGGAGUUACUUAGUGGACCCAUUAAACACAAAUAAACACUUGGUUAGAUAACAGGUCAAUUAGUGCUUAAUUUCCCAGCAAAACCAAUUAGGAAUAUGUGAUUCUUCUUGGUGGGUCCACGCUCAAAGCAAUAGCAGAAAGACCAUGAAUGAAUGAGCCCAACAAAGAUGGAAUCUUCUCGUAAUGUGGAGACAGAUGAUGAGUUAUGAAUGUAAGAUGGAGUAGCACAUGGCAUAAACGGGUCAUGUAACUAUUUUAUUCACAGUCUAUAGCCAUCUGUCAGUCUACACAGCUGUGUUUUAAUGAAAUCACAGACUUUUAUGCUGUCCCCCCUUUUGAUUUUUGACGACUCUGCUCCCCUGCGGAUCCAAACUGGCCCAGUGGCCAAUCAAUCACCGGCCACAGCGUUUCACCCAGACACACAGGCUCUAACCCCUGAGGCAGACUUUUCAAUCAAACUCAGAGUCAUCAAUCUUUUUUGAGCUCAAAACUGUGGCUCGGGUGGAGUCUACCUGGCGGCAGUGAUUUUGUCUACAGUUGGGGACUCUGUUGAAGCAGUCAGCUCUCACAUUUACCUUUUUUGUUUUAUUCUGAGACCUCAGGCUACCACCAAAGUGUUUAAUUUUCUUCUUUUCCUUUCAAAUAUUCUUUUAACUGUAGGCAAUCAUGUCAAAGAGACUUUGCUGAGAAACACAACAAAGUAAUCUUAAAAAAUAGGAGCUGUGAGGGACACAGCUGGAGUCGUUUCCAUCUGGUAAUGUAUACGCCAAGAUUCAUAAAUCAUAAUCACAAAGAAGUAGUUCAAGCAGCCACACUUAAAAAAGCACCACCACUUCAAAAGCCUCAGUGCACCUAACGUUUCAUACAACAUAUUUUUAGUGUGCGUUCAUGUUUUUUUUUUUUUUUUGAGUUAGCUUAAAACAGUCACCUGAAUAAACUGUUGAGUCAAUAUUUUGUUGUAAAACGUGGGAAUAAAAGGUGUUAAACAUUAUGGAUCAAUAUCUAUUUUCUGUGAAGGAAUGGAGAGUAAAAUUGUGCUUCAUACACUUAGUUAUUUUUGACACUAGGGGUGGCCUGAUACAACUUUUUGACUUCAGAUAGGAUACCGAUAUUGUAGUCUUCAAUAUUGACCGAUACCGAUAUUAAUCUAAAAUUGUGCGUAACAAGUUUUUCACUCAGCUGCAACGUCUUUUUCGGACUUAAACAAAAAAUACUGCCACAAGGCCGACAUCACUCUUACUCCUUGCUACUUUGUUAGUGCCUUAGUACACACUGUUGUUGUGAUUUUGUGGGAUCAGCUUGCCGGAUCAGGGCGCUGUUAUAUAGAGGUGCCGGAGCAGAGUCUGGAAUGGACCGCUUAUAUUGGAUUGCUGAUAUCAGAGAUUUUAGAUGCAGGCCGAUAUAAUCCGAUAUGCGUUUUUGCUGAUAUCGGAUUGAUAUUAAUAUCGUAUAGGGACACCCCCAUUUGACACCACCUGGAUAUAUCAGGUACACUGGAUAGGAAAUAGUAUAUGACAGUCCAUAUGAUAUGAUAUGGUUAGAUGUCACUCUAUUUUAAGACAGGAGAUAACUCCAAAAGUAAGUUAAUGUGAUAGUGAAAAGACAUGUUUGCAGAUGUAGAGAUACGGACCAUUCGGUUUAAUCCACAGCCUUGUUCCACCAAUCAGCCUCGCAGUUGUUUAUAAUGCUUUUGACACUCUUUCUGUUUCCAUCUUCAUCUCUCUGUCAUACACACACACACAUUCACUCCCACUAUUUCUAGUAGCUAAUGUGAUUUUCCAUAUUUUUUCCACACCUCUGCUUUCACAGCAAGGGAUAACACAGCAUAGCCUGAAUGUUUGUUUGCUCUCUGCACACACUCUCACUCACCAUGUCCAUCCUGUCAGAGCUCCUGGAGAAAAUCAGUACCUACUCUUUCCUUAAACUGUGUUCCAUUUGAUGCUUGGCUGCCUUGGAAAUGACUUUGGAUAAAGCUUAACGUUUUUAAUGCAACAGGCCUCCUCUCCUCUGUUCACCCCCAGUACUCCCCUCGCUCUCUCUCUCUCUCUUCAAGCUCCAAAAAACUGUAGUCUAAGGCAAAUGUCCUGCCUUUUUGGAAGAACCCUGUGUACUUGGGUUGCAUGCUGGUGCAUUUUAGAUACAGCCGACUGGACCUGCCUGAUAAUAAGGAGACAAUUUAAUUUCCCAGGUAUUAAAAGAGACUUGCUGGGUUUUAAAUUGGCGCCUGUGGUGGUGUUUCAUAAAGAAUAGCUGUAUAAAAAAAGGCUUUUUCUUUUGACUUGUUCUUUCUGUCCACAUCACAGAGUGUAAGAAAGAUUGAGGAAAGAAAGGUCCUCUUGUCUUUUGUUUCUAAAAGGGGUAAAAGGAGGAAUACAUAGUUUUUAGAUCUACGUAGCUUGACAGGGAUAAACUGUGGUGUAACUGUUUUAUUGUUGUAUUUGCUCGUAUCUUAAAGUUGCUUUUUGGAAGUGUGAAGUUGUCAGUGUUACGGGGUUCAGUCUCAGAGUCUGGAUUCUUUGAAUUUGUUUGAAAGCCUGUUUAUUUGCUGACAUGGAGCAUAUUAAAUGUUUGUGAUCCAUUGAUUGUCAGCUUAAAUAAGCAGAUAUUCUAUCUGCACCGCUGCUCUUUCGAUUGUUCCCCACUGACAGCGUACUAUACAUCCAUCCAUCUAUUUCUCACCCUCCCUCCUUCCUUUGUUUUGCCCUUCCUCUUUCACUUUUUGGAUGGUGUCCACUCAACUGUCCUUUACAUAUCAGUAGCUGUAGCUCACCUCUGCCCAGGAUGGGGUGCCCACACACCGUGCCAGCAUUAGGGUGAGAAGGGAGGUCAGGCUCUAAUUGGCAGAGCCCGUGGCUGGCACUCUGCACCAGGCCCUCACCCUGUCAGCUAAUUGGCACUGCGAGCAGCAAGCAGUGGGGCUGGGAUAUGGCAGCGCUAUGAUUGACGGAUGGAUACUGGUGUCAGAAAGCUUCUUUCUUUUUGACAAGUCUGCUUGUACAGUCGAUUUACUGCGUCAGAAUCAAUGGGUAGUCUAUGUAUUUAUGUAUGUAUUCCUCCUUGUUUUUCUAAAUAUCUCAAAAAGCGGACUGCAUUUCUUUCAUGGUACUGUGCUUUGUUUCACUGUGUCAAAACACUGAGUUGUUUUAGUCUGAACAAGCACAAACUAAUCAACGUAAUAACUUGAUUUGAAUAACAGCACCUUUAUUCUUAGAUAAGUAAGCAGGCGAAAUAAACAAAGAAUAAGAGUGCCAAUACAAAAGAACCCCAAAAGAACAUGAGAGCAAACUUAAACGUGAAAAACAACAACAAAAAAAACAUGAAAUGAGACCAAAAAUGGAGCUUAAAAAGACGAGAACAGUUAAAUGACAUUAAAGUAAAAAAUAAAUUACAUGAGAAAAGGCAAUAAACAAAGAUGAAAGCUACACUUUAACAAUAUAAGAGGUAAAAUACAUAAAGCAAAAACAAAAGCAAUCUAAAUUUGAAGGUUGAAAAAACGAAUUUGAUUGGAACAGAAAUGGAGGAAAUGAGAAACAAAACAGUCAAAAGUAUAACAAGAGAUAAGAUUUGACUUGAAAAUUAAAUAGAAACCAAUUUUUAGCCUUUUCUCUGCUUGACUGAAUAUGUGGAAGUGUUGCACACAAUCUUCCUUAUCUUCUUUGGGAGAUUGAAAGUGUUUCCAGUUUAACUUUUGUACUUCUUUUUUCACCUUGGAGUGAGUUAAUAUAUUUUCAGGUUGUCACAUUUAGGACUAAAGUUAACAUACUUUGUGUUUAAGGGCUUUUAAACUGAGCUCUUGUAGAUUUUAAUCAAUUUUAAAAAGAUUUGAUGAUUGUGUACUAGAUUAAUUAUAAAAAUUAAAUCAUGGCGCCAAAUGUUUUGCCGUUAAUUGAAUGGCUCCAAUUUGACUUGUUAUUCAACAUCAUUAGCAUCCACUGCUAAGUCAGGCUAAGGUUAAAGCUCAACUAGGUAAUUUAACCGACAACAACCCUUGUCCCAAUUUACAUGCACCAGGCAAGAAUCAUUGACAAAAGCAUGUCUGCCUCUACUUUGACAUGCCCCCUUUCGAUUUAAUGCAAUCUUGGUCAAACUUGUUUUUCUGUGUGCAUUUUAAAAGUCCAGUUUCAGCCCAACUACGGCAAUAAACAGUCACAAAUUGUGGUAUUAAGAGUUGUUCAUAGUUUGGUAGCUGGAUCUUCAUCUUCCCUCCAUUUCAAGUGUCAUUGCUGAGACUUAAUUGGCUUAACAUUGGAGUGCAAAACUGAAAAAUCAAGAAUCUAAAGUUGAGAAUCGCAUGUAUGUGUGCGUGUGGCUUAGAAAGGUAGAUAUAUUCAGUGUUAAAUAUGACAGGUAUCUCCUUUUGAGCUUGUCCUAUUUCUUUUUCUUGGUCCUUCUCGGCACUCUCCCUUCUGGCUCUGACAGGAGAGCUGUAUUAAUGAGGUUCCAUGGAAGUGAACUGUCGGUUCAGCUAAUGGUGCCAGAGGUAGAGAUUUUGACUGAACGAUGGAAGGAACUUAAACAUUUUGGGGGAAAUGAAGAUGAGAGGGGUGUCAGAAAGGACAUGAACAGCAGAAAAUGUGGGUGAGAUGUGGAAGCAGUGAGAGUGGAAAAGGGAUAAAAGAUGGGGGAAUAACUAGAGCUGUAUAGGAAGAGAGGAUGAGAUAUUGAUUCGCAGAGCAGUUUUCAAACAAUGUUAUGGACGGCAAUUAGGAAACAAACCAAUCCAAAGCAGCACUACCUGAAAGGAUGUAAGCUUUAAACAAAAGAAGAGAACCUGAGAUGAAAAGAAGCAAAUGAUUUGAUCUUUUUGUUGCCUGGUGUUCAAAGUAAGUCCUCAGGACAGCCAACUGUGAAUAAGUGAGGCAUCAGAGAGAGAAGAAAAGGCGUGUUUCUGGCCAAAGAGGUUGGUGUAUUAGAGGUGACCCCGAGUCUACUGACAUGUUCUUGAUGGACAAGAGCUGAAUCCGGACUGGGCCCCCCCUCUAAGCUUCACUGGGCUUUGGAAGACCACCUGCUGUUUGGUGGGAUGAAUAUUCAUUUAUACACAGCAUGAGCAUACAUGCAUGGACAGACAUACUGUAUACCCAAAGCUGUUAUCUCACACAGAUUUACUCUAACACAAAAAAAGGUCUUGAAAACAUAGAUCCAGGGAAGGAUUUACGUCCUGCAGACACAAUGAGUUAGGCACAUGCAGCUUGACUUGUACAUAAGGUCCAAGGUCAGCAACUCAUCCUCAGGCUGUCCCUUUUUCUCCCCGCAUGUCUUCCCCUAUUGUCUUCCCUUCUACCUUCCUUUUACCUUCCUCCAUAGGUUGCUCUACCUCUCUUCUCCCCUCAUUCACUUCGCUCCCUAAGGACAUCUGUUGUCCAAAGACAAUAUGCCUCUUCCCACUUUAAGGUCAUUCACUGUGUCCUCUGCAGUCAAGUGCAGCAUUUUUUCACCAUUAAUGUAUGUGUCCUGACUAAAUGUACAUGAGCUUUUUCCCGCCUGUUUCACUUCUUUGCAUCCCAUUAUCCCAUUAAGUUUUCUGCCCUCCAUUUUUUUGUCCAUGUGACUUGAUUUCAGACGUGGAAAGCUUUGAAACAUAUACCACAUCCCUCCAUGAGCGACAAACACUACCUGAUCAGCUACCCAAGCUAACGUGACUCUUAGGAAAGGUAAAAGGACAAAGACAGUGAGCACAGUAUGCAGGAAUAAAUGCUCAGUAGAGCAGUUCACAGCUUUGCAGAGCUCUGAAUCUCUGUUGUAGAGCCAACAGCAGUCAUGCUGUGUUUUAAAUCAGCUUGUAUGGGGUUGUAGAGCUCUUCUAGACAUCAAGUGUCUGAAAUGUUGUGUCAAGACGGCAGGACAAACUGGUUGUCUGUCCAAAAUGAGGAAUUCAACCACCUUCUCUAUGACAUUUCUGGCCUUCACACUCUUUAGGACAUUUAUCCCCUUCCACAGCUUCCUUUUGCCCUUUUACUUUAUUGUAUUCUCUUGUAUUUCUAGUAUUCAGUUUGAUGUAAACGAUCCGGUUGAGAUGAUCAGCUCAAAUUGCUGAGCCCUGAUCACUUAAAUGCCCUGAUCGGCUCGAGUAGGAAAGCUGAGAUCAAGAUCAGGAUAUCCCUGAUUGCCACUGCCAUUACUGUCCAGUUCAAUAGGCUUCUGUAAUUAUUAGAGUCCUUGUUUUUAUGACAGACAAGAGGGUCUCCAAGUUGUUUGAUGUCCUUGACUUAUUUGUUUCUCCUCUUGUCUCAGUCAUUGUCCUCAAUCUUUCUCCCUCCUCGAGCACCAUUGGAUCUUCUCCUUUCCUCUUAUCCUCAGCCCCUUUGUCCCUAUGUUCCCAUUGUUUUCUCCACAUGCCUCUAUUCCCAUCUAUGCCGAGACUUCCUCCAUACAUGCCCCCCAUGUCUCGGUAAUGAACCCACAGCUCUUCAUUGCUCCGUCGUCUUUCCCCGUGUGUUGGACAUGACAGAUGACUGGGGACCUCCUGAGCUUCGCUCCCCCCGGCUCUAGAUAAAGGCAGCUCCCACCGCAAGAUGAUCAAUCAAUCAGUUUACACCGCGGGCGCCUGAUCAGCCAAUUAAUCAAUCCCUGAGCCAGCAGAUGUUGUUGCUGUCCCUCAGCGAUGGAGCUGGCAGUGGAGCUGUGGAGGAGGUGUCUCCAACAAAGGCUGAGGGGCUUGAAGUGUCUCAGAGAAGAAAGAGGAGUGAUUUUUCAUGGAUCCACCAAGACAUCAACCUUUGUGGAAGCACUCAUUCUGUUUGACUCAUGGGAGGAUCUUUUCUCAUUUGGCUUUCCCGUAUUUUCCAGAGAACAUCCCAACGAAAUCUUCAUGAACAAGACAAAUGGAAGAAUCUUGAGUAUCCCCAGUUUCCUUCAUUGUUUUGUUUUUUAACUUCAGUGCACUCUGAGCUCCUUGCUCUAUUUUCAAGAUGCCAACCACCAAAUUCUUGCCUAUUUGUAAAGUGUGUGCUUACCAUAUACUUCUAUAACUUACAUAUUUUAUCCAUUUUUUCAAAACCUUAUCACUUUGGUUGAAAUCCAAAGGAGAUGUAAACCUGUGAGUGCGUUGACACUGCUGUCUCAGCAUCAUUAAGGCCAUCUGGUUCAGAUCAAGCCCUACGCUGACCUCUGUUCACAGUCAAUGAGCUACAGACCCCGCUAGGACACUUCAUUCUAAUGUGGCCUUAAACAGCUAGUAGUUAAGAUACACGCACCAAACAUUGAGACACCCACACUCUCCACCUACACCUCUUGGCCUCUUGGUCCCUGUCCUGAGCAGGUCAGCCCUUUGACCCACCAGGUCGUCGCAUCAUUACUCACUGAGCUAAGAGAUCCCUGAGGGGAAGUAAGUCUGUCUCAGCCUGAGGCUUUGUCAUCUCUUUCUACCAGGCUGAUCCAUGCUUCAGUCAAAUUAACAAUCAAAUCAAAGUAGUCAUGUUUUGAGAAGUCCAUCUUUGGCAAUGGCAAUGAUAUGUGUGCUCAUGGACACAGGAUUGUACACCAGCUAUAAUAGGAGAUCUUUUCCAUGUAUGCAACAAACACAAGAAUAACAUUGUCUUGCAAGUAACUCAUUUUAAAAGGUCCCACCUAAAGGGAAGAGGAUAAAAUGAUGUAUGUAUGGAAAGAAAUGGGCUCAUCAGUACGGGGUAGCGGUCAGAGGCUAAUAGCUUCAAUCAGAGCUCCACAGCCAGCUUGUUCUCUGUGAUUAAUGGUAUACCUGCUUCUUUGACUUUAUUAUGACUAACCCCAGCUCUACUGACAUAAAUCCAUCUGAAGAGGUUCCCAGGAUGCUGCAUUAUUAUGUAAUGACAUGGCAGCCUCACUUUGAGGUGUAUAUUCUUUUGGCUUUGUAUUGUAAGAGUCAUGCAACUGAUUCAAAGUCAGCCAGCACCUCUGGCGCAGAUCCUGUACUUUUUUUUCCCUGUUAUAUAAAAGGCAACAUAUCUGACCUUCUAUAAGAUGUGCAUAAUCUUCAACACUGCAAAAAAUGUGCAGUCUGAUGGUCCUUAACUGUUUUGGGAUGCAAUUUAGUCCCAACAUUAUCACAGUAAUCUAGUCCAGUGAACUGAAAAUUUAGAUAGGAAAACUUGGGAAUGAACCAAAGUAAUUAGCAUUAAAGUAUGAAGAGGCUUGUUCUUGGCAAACUUAAAGCCCCUGAGGGAAACUUUGAUUUUUGUCUAUUUUGGUGCUCCCUGUGGACAAAGCAGUCUUCAGGCUUUUGGUGCUCCUGGUGGUCUUGUUAAAACUUUUAAUUAUUAUGUUAAGGCAUUAAUAUGAAUUCCAGUCUAAUUCAUAAAUGUCAAAAACAUCCUCACCAGACAUUUAAGUUUCAGUUCGUACAAAAGCAUGUCUUUUAAUUCAAGAAAUGGUGCUGGAAUUGUGCAAAAACUACAUACUGCAGUUUUAUGGUAAUUGCAGCUAUUUUAGUAUAAUCCACUUGAUGCUGAACCCUAACCCGAAGCACAAUGUUAUGUCAUACAUACUGUUUUUUACUCAGCUACCAGCAUGUGUGUCAGUAAGUGGUUGUCCUCCGUUUUGAUCAGUCAAGGUUAAGCCCAUUAUAUUUGACCACACUAUUUCUGAUACGACUUCCUUGCUCAUAACCCUCCACCUCCCAUGGAGACUAAUAGCCAGCCUUGAACCUCAAGUGUUAUUGCCGCUCAGUAAAAACCCCAUGAUGCUAAUUAAGCAGCCAAAGUGAAUGGAAUCCAAUGGAGUUUUACAGCUACUGCUACCAGGACUUAUGUUUUAUUAGUGACUCUGAGGGUAAUGUGUAAUACUGCCAGUAGGGCCGGUAUUAGGUAAUAUCACUUUACACACCAUCAGUUAGAUUUGAUCUGCCAGUGAUAGCUUUUAAAGAUUGAGUUGCAGUAUAGUUUUUAGUGGCAGUUACAAGGUGGGCCAAUAUUUGUAGAGUGAGUGUGUGUGUGUUUGAGCUUUGUAUGUCAUUUUUUCUGGGUGUUUUUUUGUGCUUGAUAUGUCUCCCUUACAGCUGUCAAAAACCCACUUCUCCCCCUGACUAUUUUUUCAUCCAUAUUCCAUUCAAACAUUGACCCACCUCUCCCCCUCCUCUCUCCCAUGAACUUUCCCUACCUUACCUCCAUCCAUCUCUAACCUCCCACAUGCCACCUACACCUUUGCCGUGCCAAUUAACACCCCAGCACGGUCACAUUGUGCUGCCCUUUGACCCCCUCCGUGCCUGUUGGAGAACAGAACAACCGAGGCCCUCAGUUUCGGUAUUAGCUUGUCACAAGGCUCUGUCGCACAGGUCUGUGAUAGAUGGGUCCUGGUGCGCGGCUCUGACCCACCGUGCUGCAGAUUUCACUUGGAUGGUGUGAUGGAGCAUUGAUUAUGAUGCGACUUGUGACAGGGGGGGUUGAAUCAGGUUUGAGCUGAUGGUGAUAGGGGGAGACAAAAGACACCAAGGUUAUGGAUGAGGCGCUGUUAGUUAAUGUGAUGAGAUUUGAUUUGUGCUCUAUCGAUCACAGCAUCACGCAAGAUUGUUUUCAUCUAGCAUGAUUUAUAAGCAUGUAGCGGGCAAACAGUGUAACAAUGAGUCACCUCAUUGUUAUAACACAGAGGUCUCCAUCAUUGAAGUGUGAAAUGAGAAAUGUAACAUGUACUGAAUUACUAAUGGUCACAAUCAGAGGCAACAAAAAAUCUCAUUUUAGUGAUAUUGUUGUGUAGAUCUUUAUUCGUGGUGUUGGAAACCAUUGUAAAGCUAUCAUCAAUUGAAGUCUAUUAAAAGACAUUCCACAUAUUGAAGUCAGUGGUUGUCUAUCAUGAGGUCGGGAACUCUCAGAGGUUGAAGCACAUGAAGGUCUUAAUUAAAUGGGACUAGGAAAAAAAAGGUAUCUUUAAUUUCUAUUCAGUUUUUACAGACCUUCUAGCUUUGUGGGAUUAUAUGACCGUAGUAGAGGUUGUUUUUUAGACCUUUUAGGGCUCUGGGGAAUUUUUCGCAUUAAAAGUUUAAGGAAGAAAAUACUACUUAACUUUAACUGCCACCAUUCGCAGAUGUGUUAAAUUUGUAGUAUUGAGUCCUUUAAAGACAUGAUGGGGACACAAGCAAAAGAGGCAUGUGUUUGCAUUUAGCAAGGACCAAAAAAAGUGUUUUUUAAACAUUUCAAGUAGCCCAAGAUUACUGGUUGACUGUUAUCAUUCUUUUAGCAGCUGAUAUUGAUAAUGAAAGAGCAGGUCGGCAGAUGGGUGAUUCAUGUUGUGGAUAUGAAAUUGGAAAAAUUCAACAAUAUAAAAAACUGACUGAUUGAUUGAUCUUAGCCUUAGCAAAGUUAUGGCAAGGGACUUUUGGAUUACUGUCCAGCAACAUGAAAUUACUAAGAAAGAAAAAAAAAUGUAAAGGUAAAUAGGGGUUAAAAUGCAAAUACUAAAGGAAGUCCUUUCAGAGCUGAUAUACCAUUUGGGCAACAAUAAACUGCAUUAUUCUAACUAUCAUAACAAAUUGUAUUUCAAACAGUGGCUAGUUUUAGUGGCUAGACUGUUUUAGAUUUGAUUUGGUGCUUCUCAGGAUGGGAAAAAUUUGUUUCAUUCAGAGAAAAUGAGACAAGAUGAAAAGUGAUGUUGUCUGCAGUCAGAAUAGACUGUAAGUAUGUUUAAACAUGCUCUGAGUGGCUGAGUCAGGGACAAGAACUAAGAGAGUGGUUAGGGUUGUUGUGUGCAAAAGAAUUUGUAUAAAUAGAUUUCCACAUUUUAAUGGAGGUCCAUACAAUCGUAAGAACUUUUUAAUCUCAAAGGGCACAGUCUCAAUGAGAAGAUGAGCUGAAGAACAUUUCAGUGGAGAAUCUGACUGCUAAGUAUCACCACAUACUCCCAUUUCUACACGCUCCAAUAGUCUUCUUGGCAGUACAGUCUGCUAUGUAAGCAUUACAUGAUUGUGUGCAACAAGGAGAGCUAUUCUCAGCCACAUACAUUAAAGGCAUGUUUAUUCUCUGCCUCAAGGCUCCUGAAUACUGCAGGCAGAAGUUAUUUUUACUUUGGACCUUUACAUUCUUAAACAGAAAAAAGCAAAGCGAGAAACAUUUCCAACAAAGAAGCAGGUGUGAAAGGAAACAGAGUCUACAGUAUGGGAGCUAAUCGGUGAGAAACAGGAGGUGGGUGGAGGACCUGACGCAGCAAAAUCCACCUGUUUCCAUCCCUCCUCUUCUCCUUCUCCGCCCUGACUCCCAGCACUAACUGCGGCAUUCGGCUAAUUAAAAAACAUGGCUGUUCUUAAUUAUUCAGCGGUUUGCUAAUUGAUAUUCACAGAGGCGUUCACCCCGCUUAAACGAUCCGUUUAAUCUGACCACCACGGUCUCACUCCCGGCCGCCUGUCACCCUCAGCCAUUGUGUUACUGUACUAAAUAUGAGGCUGGAGGGGGAGCUGGAUGCAGAUGCAGGGGGAUGUAAAAGUUUAGUAUUGUUGUGAAGAUGGUUUCCUGGGUAGCAAAUAGCACCAUGUGGACUCAAUCUGAGCCCAGUGGGAGAGUUUUGUUAAGACGUUUUUGUUUUUAGUUUUGUAUUAUUGUUUUUUAUGUUGGGGUUGGCUGCACAUGAAAAUUUGACGUGGUUGGGCUAAAUUAAAUUUAGUGAAUUACAUCAUCUGGACUGAUUCCAUUAAAUCCCUUUUUUGUCGUUCUUGGUCAGUCCAUCUGGUUUCCUUAUUUCUAAGUUUUAUAUGUGAUUAGAUCACACUUAUACAAACUUUUAAAAGGGGACAAAAUCUGGAUGAGUGCUGGAAAUGGGUCUAGACAUCAUGAUGUCAGCCAAUAGCUUUGUCAAAAAAACAAGGUCGGAUAGCCAUCAAGAUUAAAAAUUCCUCGUGCUUACACCAAAUAUGAAUAAGAUAAUAAACGUUUUUAGUUCCGGCCUGUUUGAACGGCUGAAUAUUGGGUGUUUACUCAUUUAAUUUCGGCAAAUGACUCUCUCCCCUCCUUUGUUUAUAUCACCUUUUAGUGGCAGGAAUGCUUUACUUACGUUCAGAUUUUACAUUCUUGGGAUGAAGCCAAUGAAGCAAGUGUUGAAUGUGUUACAAACAUUUUACGGAUUUACAUCUUUCGUGUGUAGUCUAGGCUCGAUUGAGUUGUAUUAUUCGUAUAAUCCGCUCAAUCCAGAGUGGGCGGCUGUGUCUCAGUGGUAGAGUCGCUCGUCUCUCAAUCGAAAGGUCUGGGGUUCAAUUCUAGGUCCAGCAUGCCUUGGGCAAGACACUUGACCUCACUGGCUGCACCUUAAUGGGAUUACUCAAAAAACUGGUUGGCUCUAUACAUGUUAACCUCUGCCUUCAGUGUGGGAAUGUGAUGUGAGUAUGAAUUGGUGAAUGUGGGAUAUGAUGUAGAAGUGCUUGUAUGUAAACAUAAGCCAUUUACCAUUCAUCAUUUCAUUUACGUCAGUUGCUACACCCAAUAAAAUGAGAUAAUAAGAUUGAUUCAAGAUUUCGCGACAAAAAUGAUUUUAUGUACAUUUGGUGUGAACACAACAUAAGUGCAAACAUCCCUUCUCUCUUUACUUAAACGUCACUCUUAGACCUUAUUUGACCAAAACAAAUACAUGACCACAAAUAACAAAGCAUUGGACAUGCAGUAAUACAGUAGACUCCAAACCAAACUCAAAAAUAUCCAAACUUUUUCAACUGAUUUAUUCAAUUUGAUGGAAAUAAUCCUAUCAAUUUGAAAACUUUUCUACCUCUGAACCUCAAACCAGUAGCUGCUCUGAGUUUCACAGAGCUUCAGAGCUUCAGGUUUCCAUCCCCCCCCUCGCGUCCUCUGCUUGACUUCUCUCGUCCUAUCUGUACAUGGCGAUAAUCUCUUUUCCCUUAAACUUCUCUCUAAAGUUACUGAGACGCUCUUGGCUCGGGCUUCAUGUCCCAUCCAACAGCCUCCUCCCCAUUCUGACACCUCCAAUGAUAAAUCGCCCUCCAUUGUCCUCUUCCUCUUUGUGUCUUAUCUCUUUGUUCAUUUCACUCUCAAGUUCUUUUCCUCCUCCUUGUCAAAUUCGGCCCUUCUCUUCCUCUUCCUCCCCCCUCCACUCUACUUUCACCACAACUCUCUUUCUACCUCCUCCUCCUUCAACCACGACCGCCUCUUCAUUAGGCGAACAAAAGGUGUAUGGGCAGUGGUGAAGUCUGUCCCAUUGUUUGGCCUUUAGUAUGAUUAGAUUAUCUCCAAAGUCUCCUGAAUGAGGUUAAUCGGUCGGAAGUAAUCCUGACAUAGCGUGUAGUUGCGUGUGUGUGUGUGUGUGUGUGAGCAGGGCCAACCCGUUUGCAUGGAAAUUGGACACAUGCAUUACAAAAAAAGCCACAUAUCAGACACAAAAGUGAGCAAAACAAGAAAAAUCCCUGGGUACACAUUUCUGUCACCACCUCUCCUCUGUUAAUGACCCCUCUAGUCUCGCCUUCAGCACGCAUUUAUCUCCCCACCCUGUCGUGUGGGUACAGCUGCUCCGGCUGGUGCGUGUACAUGUGCUGAUGUGUGCGUUUCAGAUCAGCGUCUGAGCCCUUGUUUGCGUCUCUUUCAAUCUUUUUGUCUGUCUUUGCAAACCCUUUCAGCCUAUCAUGGAGUUUGGACGCAGCACACAUCCACCUGCCGAUCCCCUUCUUCUCGUUUCCCUCCAUCCCAUCACCCCCUUCUUUUCUUCUUUGUCUUAAAUUGAGCUGUUGGUGGGCGACAGCUUUUUGGCACCCUGACCAACAAAAUCCUGUCCUGCAGUCACUUCACCAAUCCCUCGUAGAAGCAUUGAUAAGGGUAUAUCCCUUUUGGGUCGUUUCCUUUCAGUGCUUGUAGGACACUACUAAGGGUGUCCAGGUGACAAAAGCUUUUGUGCAACCUUAGCAACACAAAAGCUCUCCUCGUUUGUAAGAAGACACAAUAGAGACAACUAUCCAAUGCACUGGCAACGCUUGCUAAUUUAAGGUUGCACUGAGUGAAGGGGAGAAAGGGGCUACUUGUUCCUGGUUGUUCUUCUUGAGUGUGAUAAAGUGGUGCUCUGGAGUUAUUUUUCUCUAUAUCUGGAUCUGAGGUAACGUUAAGUGUGUGUGUGUGUGUGCAUGUGCAGGUGUUUAAAGCUUCUAGCACCCCCUUGACUUUGAAACUUCUCCUACUCAUCUCCUGCGAGGAGGACAGCCCCCAUCGGUGACACUCGUCGCCGCUCCUCAUCACAAUGCAUAGAGCAGCGCCGCUCCUCCUGCAGCGCACUGAGUAGCCAAACACAGAUGGUUAUCGGUGUUGUAGAGAUUGGAUGGGGUAAUGCAAUUUUUCUUCUCCAUACGAUGUGUUUUCAUCCUACAGCGCUCAAAGCAAAAAGGCUUUGAGGCUCCUCUGCUCAGCUGCUUUCCAUAAGACAGGUCUCUACGGUACGGGGUUCGAGUUUUAAGCGUGUGUAACCGCAUACAAAAAUGGUCAUAUAGCAUACAUACAUUGUCUCUAUAUGCCAGGGAGAGGGGAGAUUUAGAGGAUGAAGUGUGAGAAUUCGAGCAGAACAGUGUGGGAUCCUCACUCCAGGCCUCUGCAUACUAAACCUUUUCUGAAUGUCACUUAAAAGAAAUUCAUGGAUGAGUCAGUGCCUCUUUACACUCUCUCUUUGUCUCUUUUGUUUCCUCUCAAUGCUGUCGUUAUUCAGGAGAUGGGACGUAAGGUAAGCUUUGAGGUCUUUCGCAUCUUCUAGACAUGUCUGCCUGUUAGAGUCGAAGCUUUCUUAGGCUCUGUCUUUUCUUUUUCAAAAGUUCUCCUCUGUUCUUGAUUAUAGAUUUGAUUUUUCUAAUGACCUUCUCAGGCGAGAGCAGCAAUAAAACAGUCUUUUGACUGAAUUCUGGGUAUUUCAGGAACAGUUAUACUCUUUUGAAUAGGGUUGGGUAUCACUAGUGGCCCCACGAUCAUAAUACUUGGGCCACGAUACAAUAUUAUUGCGAUUUUUUAGCAUUUUGCAAAACAGUGAACAUUGCGAUACUCUAUAUUGUGAUUCAUGCAGUUUUUUCAACUGUUUAACUAAUUUAGCAUUUGUCUUAUUUACGCUGUAUUUUAUUUUAAUGCAGCACAUCUUGCAAAUCUGUUAUAUAUUUGUUGCACUAACUUACUCCUGCUCUAUGAUGUCACCUCUGCCAACCUCACUGGACAAAUUGUUGAUUUUAUUUUCCCAUUAUCAUAGAUUUGACUUCUUAUUAACAAUUAUUUUGAAAAAUCAGUACUUGGUAAAUGAGACAACACGAUGUUUCACUAGGCAAAAUUUCGCGAUACUAUGCUGUAUCGAUAUUUCCUCCCACUCCUACUUUUGAUUGAUUUUAAGAGUUUUAGAAAAUUCCUCUUUUCUAUUAAUUAGUUUAAAAAUUUUGACUUAUCAAUUUUUGACCUUAAUUACAUCUGUAUUAGUGCAUUAAUGCUGACAGUGCAACUUUUCCACAUUAAGUAUGAGGUUUACUCGAUAGAAGUCCUGCUCUGUUCAUUAACAGAAGUGUAGUUUUUGUAGUUUUGUCUGAAUCUACAGUUCAGCUUAUAUCUUUUUAACAACAUUUUCUUUCUAUUAUUAUUUUGAGUCACCAGCCCUCCAGCCAGGUGUAAAGGUCUGCUUUUUCUGCUCCUGCAACAGAUACAUCCAGGCCUUAUCUGUUCUGUAUAUCACCCAGAGAGUCAGCCGUACAUUUAGUGAAGGUCACAGCAGAAGGGAGGACAGUGCAGAUUGGUCGGGCAGGUAAAUAUAUACGCCAGACCAUGGUGCUCCUCCGCUUUGAGAACUGAUGUUAUCCUCUCAGGCUGAUAGUGGUUUGGCUGAAGAUUGAACACAAGAGGACAAAAGAGCACAUAGAAUAGAUGCCAGACCAUCAUCCGUCUCACACACGUUAACACAAAGCUGUAAUUUCUAGAAGGCAGAAAAGCAAAAUGUGCAAGUUUCCUGACAGGUAGAAUGUAGCUCCACCAGAUUUGUUUUUAGUGUGGGAAUGUUCAUUUUCUAUGAGUCAAAGUGUGUCUUUGUUGUGGUACAAUGUGUUUCAUCUUUGUGCUAUUUGUCUAUGUUUAGGCCAAGCAGCUGGAAGCCAGAGAAGCAGACCUGAAGAAGCAGGAUGCUUUCUACAGAGAGCAGGUGGCCCGGCUGGAGGAGAGGGUAAGACACAGUUUGCAUCAUAUACUACUCUGGAAUAUGCUUAUUUAUGGACAACGCGAGGUUACAUGUGUGUGACCUAAUUCACAACACAAGACCAGACUCUCACUUCGCAACAGAGAGAACUAGCUGAUAUAUGAUUCAUCUUUUUGUUUUUGUGGUGACUGAGCACUCAAGAGAAAACAAGAAGUUUGCUUUUCGUAUAACUACAAAUGUCUUAUAUACAAAAGAGAGGAUAAAACUGCACCAAACAAACACCCAACUAACGAGAAACAUCCCAGUGGGUGGAGGAAAGAAAUGAUCCAUUCUACAAAGAAGAAGUCAAAGUAAAGACUAACUGCUGCAUUAUAAAGUCACUAGGCGGUUACAUCAUUGUUAUUUUCAAGAGCAUACAUCACAGACUGCAGCUCUAGUUUCUGCCUGGGGUAAAGUUUUCAUAACAUACCUCUGUUAAUGUAUAAUGCACUAACAGCAGUGCACAAAGAAACACAUUUAACAGUUUGAGCUCAAACAAGCGCACAAUUGAGCCACUGGGCUCAGCCAAAGUACAGCCACAUUUCUUCUCUCUCUUCAUCUCUCUGCCCCACUGUUUCUGUUAUCGUCCUUCAACUUGAACUCUGCAUGCUUUCCACAGUGUGAUAUUCCCCACUCUCUCUCUCCCGCUCUUGUUUUCAGCCUCUCUGUAAUUGUCUCCCUGCCGCUCUUUCACUAUUUUGGAUAUCUAUUUUUUUCUCUGUAAUUCCUCUACCUUAAGGAUAAAAGGUUAUAUCUCCUUCAUCCCUGCGUGUGUCCUCAUGCCCCUGAAAAUGACACUACCCUGAUGUUCCUUGUCAAGCCCUGUGUCCUAUGGAGGGUGACAAGGGUCAGCUGCCAUGCUUAGCCUGCUUAAAUUGGCAGCUCCACGCUGGUCCCAGUGAGGGAUGCUUGCAAGGCGGCUAAGAGGGUCAAAUGCUCCAUUACAGUGCGUUCAAAAAGGACUCGAUCACGCUGUUCUUAAAUCAAAUGUGUAUCCUACCUAGGAAGGACACAGUGGCGUAUUAAAUGUCUUUAAAUAAUACUGUCAUAGUAGGACAAAAGCCAUUUUAAGUGGAAGCAAAAUGGAGCUCUUUAUUUAUUUGAAGUCCUUUAAGACCUAAUAGGCGGGUGCAUAUAUGAAAAAAAAAAAACCUAAACCUAAAAAUGCUCUAACAAAAGGUUUCUCCACUGUUUUUUAUGGUAAUAGAUGGCCUUAGUGACAUACUAAAAGUUUACCAAAGUUUGACCUUUAGAAAAGUGUCUUUUUCAAGAUGGCGUCCAUGAUAGGUUGGACACCCACGGGAUACAUUCCAGGUAAAUAGGGUAACAUUUUUUACUAACAGUUAUCUCCAUGAAACUUCCCAAGUUUAUAACCUACAGUAGGACAAAUAUUUUUUAUAUUACAAGAUUUUACAAAUGUUAUGUCGGAAUAUGUAAAUGAGGCAAUAUCUAAUUAAAUAUGCACUAAUUUGCAUACAUUUCCAGAACCGAGAAUUGAACAAUAGAUAAAGCUCCUUUCAAAAUUCUUGUUUUAUUUUGUUGACAUACUAGAGUCAGAAGAGGGGGAGGAGGGGACUUUGGAUAUCUCUUUUUAUCACUUUGUAAAUGAGAAAAUACUGUAACCACCACAACAAAUUCAAAUGUUGCCAUACAACACUUCCUGCGGGGUAAUCGUUGUACUUGUAAUCACUUAUUUAUCUUACAAAUAUGCUAAUUAGAAUAUUACAUGGUCAAAACAUGUGCCAGUAUUCCUGGUCUAGAAUAAACACAAAGGAGUGAUGGUCGUUUUAAGGACUUGGACAAAAAAACAUUUGGCAACAUUUGAAUUUUUAGGGGUUGUUACAGUAUUUUCUCAUUUACAGAGUGAUAAGAAGAAAUACCCCUCCUCCCCCCUGUCUGACUCUAGUAUGUCAACAAAAUAAAACAAGGAUUUUGAAAGGGGCUUUAUUCAUUGUUCAGUUUACGGUUCUGGAAAUGUAUGCAAAUUAGCGCAUAUUUAAUCAGAUAUGGCCUCAUUUACAUAUUCAGAUAUAACGUUUGACAAAACUUGUAAUACAAAAAAUAUUUGUAUUACUAUGGUGGAAUUCUCAACCUUGUUACUUAUGGUCUUGUUUGCUUUUGAAGGUCAUAAAGAGGCAUCAGUAUAAUUUUCUAUCUGUUUCUCCACCAGUAAAAAAAACUCCUUACAGUGCCUUUAAAAAUAUGCCCUUCCUCAUCCACUGUCCCAAUGGCGUGCUUGUUGAGUAUUUCAUCUUGUGCACGUUUUGGUUCUUGUUGCACAAAGAGACAAUCCUUACAGUCCAAUAAGUCAUAUAAACUUGCAUGUUUUUUUUUCCUUUACUGGGACUAAGCCAAGCCAGUUUGUAUCAAGCAGUAGUGGACAUCUGCCAGUAAUUGAAAGUGCAUCCAUCUGUACAGUUUGGGUUGAGUAGUCAAGACAACGUCAUUGGCCAACAUUGAUCAUAAGAAACGAAAUUAAGUCCCUAUUUUUUAAACCAGAAAUUGACAAAGCUUUACAAAAAAACAGAAGAUAUUAAAUCAAAGUGUGGCACUUGGAUCAAACAAAUUAAGUCUUAUCGCCGAGCAUCUCCCAGAUCCACGUCUCGUCUUGUAUUAUUACAUCUUAGACAGUCUCACUGUACAGCCAGUGUGAGUGCUGAUAGUAGAAGUGAUGACUCCCAACUAACACAGGCAUUAUCGACUUCAGGCGCUGGCCAUCCAUCAGCCAGGUUGGCCUCUGGUCAAUAUUCCUUAGAUCAAAGUGUCAACAAAUCACCUUCACACCUCAGAGAGAGACAGCAGAUUGAGAGGGGGAGAGAGGGAGAGAGAGGAGGGAUGGACGGACAACAAGGAAAAAGAUACUCUAUUGAAGACAGAAGGUAAAGCGGAAAAAAUAGAAACUGGACGUUCAGUAGAUGGAGGGAAAGACAGGACUGUUUAAGACAAAUUGGAAUCAAAGAUAUUUUUCCUGAGUGGGUAUUUGAAAAGUUAUGAUAACUUGACAUUUCUAAGUGAGUGAUAAAGGAUAGGAAGAAGAAAAACGAUGAAAGCAGAAGAAAAAGACUGGAGAGAAAGAUCAAAUGUCAGCGUGCGAUAAAAAAUAACUGAGCAUGUGUAGGAAAAAGCUGAAAGGGUAUUAAAUAAUAGAAUAAAAGAAGGAUCUGUAAAAGUGAAUGCUGAUCUUAAUUGAUUUUUACACAUAUAAAAGGAUGAAUUAAUUAGUUUAGCUUGGCCGUUUGUCUCCAACAUGUGCACAAAGUCACCAUCAUUUAUGUUGACAAGUUUCAUCAGGACUCAUGGCUCACAGAGACAAAACAGCAAAUCAUUUGAAUCUUCAUGUGAUGGUCUGUGAUCCUCUGUGUAACUGCGGAGCAGUGGUGGGCAUAUUGCAUGCUGUCUAACUGAGCGGCAGGCGGCUUGGGACUCCAUAGGGGGUGCCGUUUGUUUGGACUGUGUUAAUCACGCUGCUUUUUCUUCUUCUGGUCGCAGAGCUCUGUUAGGCUUCCAGAUCAUUCUCUCUGCUCUCCUUCUGCUAACGUAAGCCCAGCAAACAAAAUCGCUCUUUAUUUGUACAUAUGCUGCUCCCGUGUCAUCCCCACUCUAUUAAUAGCAUCUACUACUUUUAAUAUCCAAGAUCUGCUCACAUUUUACCAUUUACUGCGUGCAGUUUUUUGCUGUUUCAAGCAAAGGGUUAUUAAAUAUUGGAUGGCAAAAAAUUGAGACUUAACUGGAUAACUCUUUCCUCAAGUUGGUCCCUGCAAUCCAAGUCUGCUAAAGAUCCACGGAUUAAAUCUACAAAGGCUGCAUAAUCUCACUCAGUUUUUUUCAAUCUGUGAAGACAGGGUUUGGAUCUCUUGUCCUUCUUAGGUAAACUAACACAGCGUAAAUGCUGCUAGUGCAAUCCAGGUUCUUUUGAAUGAUUAAAAUCAUUUAGCCCUGCAAUAACUGACUGUUUCUGCUCCUGCACAGCUCUCGGAAGCUGGUUUUAGAGCCAAGUCCUUUGUGACUAACACACAAAAAUGAUAGUGUUUGAGAAAAUUGAAACAGAAUUACAGAGUUUUUUUCAUUUCACCACAAAUGUCCACAUUAAUUGUUAAUAAAAAGUGAUGCCAGUAAUUAACUUUUUUUUUUUUUUUUCCUUUUUAGAAAAACAGACUUAUACAAUAAAACCACAUACUGCAGUAUUGAGCCACUCUCAAUUACUGCAGGAAAGAUUCCCUCAUCAUACGCUCAUUAGCCCGAUAUCUUAUAGUUUGUCUGAGUUUGGGGUCAACCAACUACGAUAGCGUAUUAGGGCCACAUUAAGAAAAAAAAAUUAAGACUUUGAGAUUAAAUGCAUUAACUAAUAAGAUUUAAGUAAUUACUAACAAGAAUAAAGUUGUAGUAAAGUAAUUACAUACAAGAAUGAAGUUGGAAUAAAAUCAUUACUUACGAGAAUGAAGUCAUAGUAAAGUAAUCACUUACGAGAGUAUAGUCAGAAUAAAGUCCUUCUAUUCUAACUUGCUGUUUAAGAUGACAGUUGUUGUAAUAAGAGCCAUGGAGCAUUUCAUGAAAAUGUACUUCAAUAAAGGUUUCUCAAACAAGGAGAUACUUAAUGUUUUGGCACAUCAGCACCACAUUAUCAUAAGUAUCAUAAUGAUUUUAUUAUGACUAUAUUCUCCUAAGUAAUUACUUUAUUACGACUUUAGUAAAUUAAGACUUUAAUCUCAAAGUCUAAAUCUAUUUUUUCUUAAUGUGGCAUUAAUACUCCGUCGAAACUAACAGAGAUGUUGUGACUAUAUAAAACAUGGAUCUAGUCCCAAUGAAAUAAUCUGCCCAUUUCUGACACAAUAUUUUGAAGCUUUUCAGUGGAUGAACUGCAGUUUUUAGCAGCUUCACACCAGAUUUAUUUCUCAAUGCAGGAAAAACUAUGUUUAAAAUCAAUCAUUCGAUAUAGUUGAACAGCAAUGAUGUAUGUUUUUAGUUGGCGAGUAGGUUAGCAGUUUCCGUAACUGAUCCUUUUGUGGUUCUUAACCCUCUUGUCUCUAUAAAGACUGCUUUAAAUCCAUUUUUUCAUACAGUACACCGCUACCUUAAUGUUACCUCCAAUCACGCUCGUUACACUCCACCCAUCUUUUCCUCUCUAACCUCAGGACUCCCACCAUCUUCCACACAAGCAGGAAGAAGCAGAGAGAAAGAGAGAGAGGGAGAGGGAAUAUAAGUCUGAUAUAUAUUACACGUCUGUUUCAAUCCAACAUAGCCAUUCAUCAGAGAGGCUUCCAGUGACAGGCCAUCACCAGGCUCCCAGGCAGCUCAGCCUGCUGCCGCUCCUGCCGCCGCUCAUUGUGGCCACAGCUACCAAAUAGCCCCUGAAAACAAUAUCUAUAUAUUUAUUACAUUUUCACUCAAUACCUGCCCGGCUGUAAAACAAUCUCAUAUUUAACAAUCAACCUGCCCGUGUUUUUUUUUUCUUCCUUUUUUUUCAACCAGAGCCCUCCCACGCUGCCACAUCUGUCUCUCUAUAUCACACCUUUUCUUUUUUUCUUUUUUUUUUUUGGGUGGUGUUUUUCCCCCCUAUGCCUCAAUUUCGUUUUUUUAAGAAGAGAUUUGUCUUCUCCUCUUUUAUCUAUCUUUCUUUUCGCCCUGUAUAUCGAUGAAAUUGGAUUUUUCUGCUCUCCCAUGGAGGACAAUCACUGCAGCAAUUGCCAUCUCAUAGCAAAGUUCCACAGCACAGUGAAAGGAAGAAAUACAGAGGGGAAAAGCAUUAAAAAAACAGUAAUAGCUUCUAUCUCUCUAUCUCUGUCUCUGCCUAUGGCUUGCUAUCUUCAUCUCGUCUUCUGUCUGUCAUUUCUUCACCAGUCUCCCUUUCAUACUUUCCCCCCUGAGUCUCUUUUUGGAGACAUGAGCGUAAGUUUUAAGUACAGUCUGCUUGUGGUGGGUAUAAAAAAGGGAAUAAACUUGUUUGUUGCUUGUCUGCCUGCUGUUUUUCGUAGCAGUGAAGAUGUUUUUGAAUUACUAUUUCAACAAAUGGAGAUCUCUGUAGUCUCUCUGACUCGGCUUGUGAUAUAACUGAAGACAAGAUAAUCCAGGAUGAAGGCACGACACUGUGCAGCAGUGUUGAAUUACUGUGUCUGAGACUGGAUUCAGAGAGCUUACAUGGAAAUUCUAUACAGAGGAAUUGUGAUUUCUCAACAGAGCGACAUGUUUGUAUAGGUAAAAAUUUCUUCAGCAGGAUGUAAUGGGGCUUAGAGUCCACGAAAAGAAGACAAAAUAAUCUUAAUCCAAGUGAAAAUUAGUUUUGAAACCAAAUUGAUAGGAGCUGUAGAAUCAUAUCUAUAGUAUGUUUAAAGGUUAGGGUUCUCCUGUAUGAAAGUGACACAUUUCACCUGGCAAAUAUAAAGAUUUAUUGUGUAAAAAUAACACUGGUCCACCAGAAAAAGUAUUUGAAGAGCUAAAACUUGAUAAAGUUCUGAAAAGUUUAACAUUUUGUGAAAUAGUUCCACCCUGAAUGCUGUCUUAUCAAGAGCUUAUCAAUGUCUGCACACUGGACAGAAGUAUAAAGCCAGCCGUUCGUGUGUUUAAAUUUGCUUUAUAUUGUUAAACUUGGUUUGAGUUUCAUCUUUUAUUAAAUUUUACAUCAAUCCUGUUAACUGACUGUUUUGGAAAUUGUAUUGAUGUCUGCUGCUGUUUGUCCUACCUCUAUUUCUAUUCUGUUUUUAUGUUGUGAAGCACUUUGUAACUCUGUUUUGAAAAGUGCCAUAUAAAUAAUGUUAUUAUUAUUAUAAUCAUGGAUUUAAUCAAAUAUGUAAGGUAUGAAAAGAGCAGCUAAUACAUCGCUAAAUUAUCAACCAUGCUAGCACCGUCUUCUCCAAAAUUACAAUAUUCAAGUGCUAACUAUUGUCGUCCACAAACCAUGCUCUUUGUAUUUUUCCCAAAGUUAUUUUUGAGCUAUUAUUAGAUAGGAAGAGGCAGGAAACACAUAUAUUCCCACAUCUAUCCACACAAACUAUGAAGGGGUGGGGGAUAUGAUAAAAGCUCAGUCAUUUUAAACCUAUUAAAGUUACAAGUUUUGCAUUGUUAGGGCAGCUGACUUGAUUGACAGGUCUACCCACAGUCUAUAAUAUGAUCAAAUGCAGAGCAUGUGUCACGCCCUGCAGGUUAUCAGAUGUGUGGAGCAGAGAUGGCUGAGAGCUCAUCUGAAUCAUUGAUCCCAGAUAGGGAUUUUAUACCUGUAAAAAAAGGAAAAUAUCAAAUUUGUCAGCAUUAUCUUGAGGCAACCAGCCCAGAUAUCAUCUACAGUAACACUGUGUUUACUAUAUGCAAUGACUUUUCACACAAGUUCUACCUCUACAAACAGUCUUGGGUUCUUUCUGGCACACAGUAACCAGUGGUAAUCUUUAAACUUGGCAUAAAUAAGUCUUUUUUUGUACGUUUAAAUAGUUCAUAGUCAAAGUAGCAGCAGUCAAAAAGCCUCUUUCCUUUUUUAGAAGUUGUUCUGAGUCAUACAGCAGAGGUUUCAUUUCUCUAGUUCUGCAGAACCUUAAUGUCUGCCAUGGUGGGGUUCCUCCCCAUCCCGGGCCCUCCUGCUCAGCAGUAGAUAAGAGAAAGAACCAUCAGUACAAGGAGUUAUUUGUUUUAUUCAUUAAAAAUCGGAGGCUUUUUCUUCUAAAUUGAGCUUGCAGCCAGUGUUGCAGGGCUGCGUCUAUCUUCUCCAUAUCGCUGCGAUGCAUUAGCAGUAAUGACUUAAUUUGUCUAUGACACCCCCCACCGGCGUUCUGUUUGGCUCCAGAUGAGCUAAAAACCUGGAGGAAAGCAAAUAGAAGGAAAGACGAGGAAAUAAACAGAGAGUGUUUUGGAGGUAAACACUUGAUUGAACAUGGGGUAAACACAGCACCAGGUUAUUGUUGCUAAAAUGUUGUUCAUCCGUUGGGAAGAAUAGCUCAACAGUAAUCAAAUAAAAGCUUUUUGACAAGAUCUAAACGUGGCUAUUUCUUUGGCGAGACUUAUCUGUUUUUUCUCCACGCUAAAAGAGACAGGGCUUCUCCUUAAAUACGCUGGGGCAACAGCUGGAAAUCACAAUUUGAGACCACUCAGUAAUCACACAAAUUACACUCCUGUCCGCCUGGUGGAGACUGAGUGCUUUUUUUGUGUGACAGUGUUUAUAUCCAGCCAGCAGAGUAUGUGUAGACACACUUGGCAGCAUGUCCGCACACAUGUGCCCAUGCUGUGUGUCUAACAGACGUUGUUUGCGUGUGUAUGUGUGUGUGUGUGUGUGUGUAUUGUAAGUGGUCCUGCAAUCAUUGUCACACAUGGCCUUUUUGUCCUCCCAGCUGGAUUAGAGCGCUGAUUAGUGCCAGCUCUGCCAUUUAGUCAGGUAUUAUUACCUUAUACUUGGUAUUCUAGUCAGACCACAAUUCCAGCUCCUUUUGACUCUCUUUCUUGUCCAAUGGCUCAAUCGCAGCGCCCAGGAGAAGUCUUAUUCUUGCCUCUUUAGCAGCACCCAAAUCUCUUUUUAGUCUUUUUAUCUGUGAAUAAGCUUCUCUGUUAAAUCCUUUUUCCUCAGCUCUUGACAGUUUCUUUGUCUACACAGAAAAGCACUUGAUUCAAGGCCAAGAGGGCACAGAUUCAGCAUGAGCUUACAAGUUAACUCCUAAACUUUGGGCAUACUUCUUUAUGGUGUUUUACAUACAAACCAAAGUUAGCCUGAGGGGCAGCUGCAGUAAGUUGGUAAAAUAUCUACACCUCUGUAUAUUUUCUUGUUUUAACAACAUGAUAAUAAUGCAUUGGAGAUGAUUUAAACAAAUAAAAAUGUUGUUUUUAGGAGACUAUGUGCUUUAAACAUUUGUUUGAAUUGUGGACAAUUUCUAGAGCAUGUCAUAAGGGUUACACAGGGGACCUACAAAACCAUAAAUCAUCCCCAAUCAAUCAGACAUGACAUAUUUAAGACAUCUGAAAAAUAAAGGGAAAAACGUCUCUGUUAAAUUUGUCAAGCAAGAGGCAUUAAUGUUGACAUGUGAGAAUAUUUUGUUUGUUUCAUUUAAUACAUAUUGUGCAUUUACUGCAGAGAACACCAAACCCCAUUUUGUGUUUUUAGGGAGAGCAGUCUACAUUACAACAUCACAAAAUUAAUGAUGUUUCAAACGAUAUCUGACUUUUAAGUGUGAAAAAGGGAAGGACUCUGGCGUUGAAAAAUUCUGUCAUGGCUCCGUCUAAAUGAACAAGACUCAAUCUGGUAUCAGACUUUUUGUCAGCUUUGUCAUGUUCCAUCUUCUUUUAGCUCUCCAACACAUGACUAUUGAUCUUUUCAGCAGCACAGUUCAUUUCUAUUGAUCUCCUCUGAACUAUGAUAAAUGUCUCUCCUGCUAGGAGGUUGAGUUAGGGCAGAUGGGACAAGGAGGCUUACAUUUUUCAAAUCUUACAAGAUGAAUAUCAAUGUUUUGAAUCUCUAAAAAUGUAAUGUCUAAUACUUUUUCUUUUUGGCUUUUGUCCAAACCCUCCCCUGAAAAGUCAGAAAUAAAGUUUCUCCAAAAACAACUUAAAUGUAUUACGUUAUGUAGCUCAACAUCAACUGGAUAAAUAAUGUCACAAGUCUGACAUCUGUGUGGCAUGUUUGAAAAACUUCUGGUAACACUUAUAUAUAAACCAACCACCUAAAAUGCAUCAAAAGCACAUUUAUAAAGCCUUAUAAAUACAUGAUCUGCUAAACAAUGCUUAUAAAUGAUCAUUAGCAUUUAGUAGAGGUUAUUGCAAUGUUUAUGGAGAUACGUCAUGAGCAUAAUGCCUUAAAAAGGUAUGAUCUUUAAUAGGGAUGUUCCGGUACAAUAUUGAUAUCGGAUUCAGGUUUGAUAUCAACAAAAAAUCAAAUAUUUGAUUAUACCGGCCUGCAUCUAAAAUCUCCAUUAUCAGCUCUCCGAUACAAGCAAUCCAUUCCAGACUCCGCUGUGACACCCGGAUCCAACAUGUAGAGCCCAUGUGUUCACAACAACAGUGUGUAUUAAGAUACUAACUAAAUACCAAGGAGUAGGAGUGAUGUCGGCCCUGUGGCAGUAUUUUCCGUUAAAAUCCGAAAAAGACAUGGCAGCUGAGUGCAAAACUCAUCAUGCACAAGUUUAUGCUAAUAUCGGAUCAAUAUCGGUAUCUGACAAUACUAAAGGCUACAAUAUCGGUAUUUUAAAAAAAUCAUAGCAUCUUUUAAUUUUGGGUUAAAUGGGUUCAACAUAUUGUAACUUUCACAAUAUAAAGAAGCUAUAAUUUCUUUGAUUCUCAAUUCGGAAAAUAUCUUAUUAAUACUAUAUGAGGUUAUUAACUAAAAUAUGUUCCUAUAACUCAAUAAGAACUUCUAAGCAGCAUUUGGUGGCUGUAAGGUGUAAGAGAGGCUUCUUUUUAAAAAAAAUUAAAAAAACAAUAAUUUUAUAAUUUCUAUUUUUUUUUAUUUGAAUUAAGUUAUAAUGCAUUAUAAACCACACCUUCUAUAAAGCUUAAUGCUCACUGCUUAUAACACUUGAUAAACAUUGCUACAAGCUGUUUAUGAUCGAUUGGAGGAGGUGUGUUCGUAUCAAGUGAUACCCUGAAAAUGUGACUCCAUGUACUGCUGUUAUUGAAUUAGAGCCUUUUAAAGGAGGAAUUUUAGCAUUAAGAGACAUUACACAAUCCUUCCCCUGGAUCAAACAUCAAUCAAGCCGUCUGUCACACUUUACAGCCUCUCACCAUUUGAUCAUAAAUGUGCAGAACAGCCGCUGAGGGCUGACAAAACAGAUCUCACUCCAGUAGUAUAAAUAGUGAAGGACCUGGUUUAUACGGCUGUGUUUGAGGGGGUAAUUCAGGUCGAGGGGCUCUUGCCAUGGGUUCAUUUGCUAUGGGUCACUUGGGGAUUAUGACCAGUGGUGUGUAUGUUGUUGUCCAGCGGCCUUCUGACCUAACAGAAUGGCUGCCUGUUAUUGCGGUAGUAGUUUGCAAGGAGAAAAAAAGCACAAAGCACACAUGAAACAAUGUAGAAUAAAGCUUUUACUUUUCAUCCUGCAUACCUGCAAACAUAUUUAAAAAGAAUAUACAUUACGGAUAAUAAGGUUAGCUGUCAUACUGUGGACAAUAACCUCAAAAGCCUUCCUGCUCAUUCCCGUCUCCAUUAAGUCCUAACAGAGUCCCUGUGUAGGACUGUAUCAUAUCUGAACUGCUAAGAGGUGUCACUUUGCUGAAAUGUUCCCCGAUGCCUAAAAGGCUUAAACCUAAAAGCAAGAAGAUGUGAAUAAAUUGGAUGGAUAAGAGAUCUCAAUCCCAUUUCAGUGCAUUUCUAUCACUUACUAGAUCUCUCUCCGUCUCUCUGCAGAGUGCUCAGUUCUACAAGGUCACCACGGAGAACUACCACAAAGCUGCCGACCAAGUGAAUGCAAAGUUCAAGUAAGUUUUAAAACAUAGAUUCAGAAGGAGAUAAAAAGUACAUAAGAGUUUUGUAACCUAUCCUUACUGUCAGAAAUCAUCUCUACUUUCUUGAUUUAUUUUUUUUUACAUUUUGAUUUACAGCCAUUUCGCUUAUGCCUAGUCAGUAAUAAUGGUAUGAUCUCAGAAGACCACAAGUAGAUAGUCUAAAAGCAUGCCUUCAUUAAGCCCAUUUGGGACAAUAAAACUACAAUUGAGUUAAGCAUGCCUCAUCCCACCCUGUGUCUUUCAAUCAGACCCACAUUAGCCCGUCCCAUUAUCCGAUGUUGAUGAUGUGGUUCACUGAUAAGCCUCAUUAUAUGUUGAUCGUAGAUGACAGGGUUUUCUCGUUGCCUUUUAAUUUUUCAGUGUCAGAGGGGUCCCAUUUGUGAGAUAGAGAUAUUUCUUGGGCCAGACUUUUGUGAAACAGGAUUACACAUGAUUUGUAGCAGCUGGAUAGCAUUACAUCCCCUUGGAAGUACAAGGAUUUAUCGGUAUUAAGAGCAGUUUGGUGAUAUUGAGCUCCAAAGUUUCAUGAAUUAAAACAUGUAGAAGUUAAGUCUUAAAAUUUAUCACAUUGCAGACUCACAGACCUUUUCUAGAACAGCUAGAUAACAGUAAAAAAACUUUAUUUAAUGAAGUUUUAUGAAUUUAUGUACAAACAGUACUACUGCAGUGCCUGUUUCUUCCUCUGUUUACCAUCUUUCUGGACUGCAGCUCCUCACUUCUGCAUUAAUUGUUGCUUUCAGUUUAAAAUUGAUCGCCAUCCCUCUGUCUGGCUCUCUCUGGUCAGUUUCUUUCUGAUAUUAUUUUUCUUUCUGCGUGUGCCAGGUCAUCACAAAAAAGAAACACAGACAGACGAAAAGUCAGUGUAGAUUAAAUUAAACCUCUUGGAAACUUAAAAUAUUCAACUGCUCUUAAAUAAUCAAAAGUUUAAUCAUGAAAAGAAUAAGAAAUAGAAAUAAUGUUGGAAUAUUUCUUUGAAAAACCAUGAAAAACCUGCAUUUUAUGAUUCCACCCUUGUUUCAGCCCAAGGUGUCUGACUAACUUUUUCAUUUUCAAGGCAAAAAGUCUGAAAACUGCAUUAAAAGUUAGAGUUACGCCUUCAUGUCAAUAGGUAGCCUCUUCAAUUUCCAGUUGUGAUCCUUUUGCUCACAGAUAUAUUUCAAAUUACUUACCCACAAUCCUUUGCUCCAAGACAUCAGAUCAUUUUAGCAUUAUUUUAUCCACAUUGCUUUAAAAAACAACAAAUGGAUGGUCCUCAAGUUGACAGUGUUAUGCUUUCCUUUAAAUGUGACUGCCACACCUUAGAGCGAGUAAAAAGGUUACCGUAAAGCACCCAAGCAGUCACAUAUCCAACACAUAUAUGUAACUCAAGAAGGUGCAGAAUCGCCCCCCCAUCCCUGUUCCAUCUGUCUUCUUAAUAAGAGGCCAUUAGGCUCUAUAGUAAUGCAGGGAAAGUGGAUGAGGAGCCAGCAGGAGGUGGGGCAAGAAUGGGGCUCCAGUUCUGAGCUCUCCUCCAGGGAGGCUAGGCUAAUUGUGUUAGCCUGUCAUUAGCCAGCGCUAACACCGGGAUCAUUGUCUCCCUCAGAAAUGCUGGAAACUGAUUAGCCGAGCCCACCGGGGGUUAAGCGCUAGACUCGUGGAAGCCGGAGCUGAGACUUCCCAAAUCACAUUAAAGGAGGGAAAAAAAAUACAGUGGAAUAACAUUAGCGCUAAAUGACAGCGCUAACUGCAAGUGAGCGUCAAGCUAACAUGCGGGCAGUCAUGUGAUGCAGGCCUUUGCAUGGAGACUGGUGAUUGGAUUAUAAGAGGUGCAUUAGCAGCGUUGGGGCUGAGCUACAAUCGUGGAAAAGUAGAGGAGGGAUCUGGUGAGUGCGUGUGUGUGCGCUAAUGAAACGGCGGGAAGGUCUGGUGUUACAAGACAGGAGCAGGGAGGCAUUGAGGGGAUCAGAGCAGCAGGUUAAUUGGAUUUAGCAGGGCGUGAUUUGCCCAUCCUUAUUUAUGUGUGAAUUCAUGUGUGAUGGUGUAUGUUUGUAUACACUUAGAUGUCAAACAUCUUUUGUGUACAUAAUGUGAGUCUCCCUCUCUCUCUCUCUCUCUCUCUCUCUCUCUCUCUCUCUCUCUGUCCCUCUCUCACUCACUGUCUCACUUUCUCUCUUUCUCUCUCUCUCUUUCUCUUAAGGCAGAGACCCUACAGAGAUAAGAUGUUAUCGAUGGCCUCUGUUGAAUAAUAAAAGGAAAUAUUUUCUUGUCUCACGCAGGCUUUUGAUUUCUUCAAAGCUGAAAAUGUUCCCCCGAGAUUAAAAAGGAAAAAAAACAGGGUUUUAUCCAUACUUGAUAGAAUUAACAUUUGAUAUGUUAAUGUGAGGAUGUUAUAAAGUCUGGGAGAUGACAUCUUUCUUAUUAAAACGGCUUCAUUUUUCCACUCUAGCUCUGCCACUGCCACUGUGAAGGGAGUGAUAGUCCUCCAGGGAUUGAUUAGUGUUAUUGGGCAGAUAUUAGGCUACGGUUUAUUAUAGUGGAGAAGAAGAUGUGUGUGAGCAGAGCAGGCUGUCUGUCAAAGGUUAAGACAUUUGGGUGUGUGUUUUGGGAAUAUUAAAUUAUGAGUAUUGGUUGGUUUCCAUGGGUUAAAUCUGUUAUUACUUUGUGACAUUUCCAUCUAGGUUCGAAAUUAAUGGGAGGAGACUGUGUGCAGUAGCUGCAUGAAUGCAGCACUUCUCGUGAUGCAGAUUUUCUGAUCCAAUGCUCAAUGAAAAAUUUGUCUGAUUGGAAAGGAGACAUGAUCCUGGAACGCAUCUGCUAUUAGUUUUAGUAUACUGUAUAAGCCUUAACUUUUCAGGGGUGUUCAAGCGAUGCUCAUGCGUUGACAUAAACAACUAAAACUAAGAUUUCCUUUUGUAAAGCCUCUCCAUAUAAGUAUGCAAAUUAAAUGCAAUUUAAUGGUUCCUUGUUUGGACAUAUUCCUGGCAAAAGCGUCCAGUCAUCUGUUUCUGAGGAGACUUAAGUUUUACGGUAAAUAAUGUGUUAGUCAGAGACUUUACUCUGUUGUAAUUCAACGUUAGGAUCCUGAGAAUAAAACUAAGUUCCUUGUGAUUUACUUGGAAUCAACAUCUAGAAUAACAGUGUAGUGGUUAAGAUUCAAUCCAAUUUUGGAUUGCUGAUCUGUAAUAAUCAAUAACAUUCAGACUAAAAUAUUCUUUAAAUGGAUACCAAAACUAGGUUUAGAUGAAAGUGACUAAUUUCCCAGUUAGUUAAACAGAAAUUUUAAUCCAGAUUAGCCAACUGGUGUAAAAGAAGAACUGUGCAAUAAUUUUGAUUAAUUACACACCGUAACGCCAAGUUAGACACCCCUUCGAGGGAUGAAUGUUGCCGAAUGCUUGCUUCUCUAGUUAUACCAACUUUAGUAACAACCGCUCGAUAGCUACACACAGCGGUCUAUUAACAUUUUUGGUUGCGGCUAAAUAAUCAGCUGUGUGAUCGCCGACAAUUACUCACUAAUGCUAAUACUCGGCACAUAGCGCCCAUCUGCGGCAAAUAUACUAAUACAUACUGGGUCUGAGGUAGAGCCACAUAAAAAACCUUAUUUUUAAGGUGCGGUGGCUUUUAUUAGCUGUGGUGAUGCGCCACGAUCAAUUGCAUGUAGGGGUAACCCUGGUCUAGCAGAUUAGACAUGCCAUGUAUUGCUUUAAUGCGAUGGUUAUAUACCAGUUUAACUACACACAGCCUGUACAAAUGAAUCUCGCUUUUUACUGCCAUCUCUGCAAAUGAAGACAGAUAUUAUUAAAAUGUGGAACCAUGUUAAGAAAUUUUGGGGUGUCUGAGUGAAAAAAGUAAUGAGCUGAAGUUGCUGUAAGAUUUACCAAAAGUACCAAUUUAAUUUACAAUAAGUUCAACAAACAGGUUUUUAGCAAGUAGCCUCUUUGCACACCAGUGUGUUCCAUUUAUUUCAGCCGUACAGUUUGAUCAAUUCCUUCUGCCAGGUUGAAAGAAAUAAAUUAAAGUGUGAAAGGUAGGUACUCAGGGGAGGGAGGAGUGUGCGUGUGCGUGUUUGUGCUGUUGUUUGUGUGUUUGUGCGGUACAGCUGUUCCCUGCUGCUCUCUUGCAGCAUUCCCGCUGGAGAAUGAUGGAGCUCUCCCAACCGGAACGCUCCUGCAUCACUGUGACCUCAUUACAUCCACAACACGCAAAAACACACAAAAGCACACACUUUUGAAGAGGUGUGCACACAUAGGAUUUGUUUGCACUUUCUCAGAGCUGUACUUUUUCACAAAGUUCGACUAAUUCAGGUGCAGAGUGGAGUUUUUGUGGCUCCCCGUCACCUUCUUGUCAUGCUUUUAAAACUUAGUGUUACAAAAAACAAAAUUCAUAUGAACAAAACUGUAAAAAAUACCCACUAGUAUCUACAAUUAUUGCUGUGAAACACAACCCUUUCCCUCAGAGAUCUUCACCAAAUCCAUCCAGUAACCAUAAAUCCAAUGUUACAUGUAAAAGAUAAUGUAUAAAGACAGUAUGUUAGGACCAAAGCUUUUAUUCACUUUCCCUGUGACACUGACUGUAGAUAAGAGUCCCCACUUUCCUGUGAAACGCCUAUCUCCCCCUGCACCUGAUUUAUAUCCUGCCACAUUCACCACUAGUUGUUUAUCCACGUCUGAUGCAUUAUCUCACUGUCCAACCCUGAACGUGUGACCUUUACCGAACCACAUGUAUGUAAGAGCGCACAUGCCAGAGUGUGCCUCCAUAUGAAGACAAGUGUGCUCACAUUAAUGCAUGUGUGCGUGGGCGUACGUCCGCGACUUGACCGGCCCGCACUGACCCAUCAGGGCUUAGGUUUCAGGUUGACAGGCGUGGAGGAAAAUGAUAGAUGUGAGAUUAUGCGAAAAGAUGGAACGGGGAUUGAAAGAACCAGGCUUGGUCCUAAGCCUCCUGUCAGAGCUAACCUUUGGUGCAGCUUUGGGGCUUCUUUUGUUGAAGCCGGUCACUGUCACUGUUUGUCCAGGGUCCCUGCAGAAUUAAGACAAGACUGGGAUGUCUUAUAGCAGCGGGCAGCUCAGUCUGACAUAGCUGUGUAAGACCUAAGGAUCGAGACCAUCAUCUCUUAUGUCUCACUCUCCUUCUCAGGUCUCAGAAGCUUGUAUUUCUUGAAGCGUUUCAACUUAAUGGUGCGAGUUAUGGUGAGAUCAAAAAUGGCAAAACAUUUCACACUCUUUAUGUUUCCGGUUUAUUCCCUUUACAGUCAGCCAUAGCUGGGAAUAAAAUCUCAUUUUAGUCCGUCACUUUUGCUGUCACCCUGCUCCUCCCUGCGGCUGCACGCUCGAUCCCUUUGUCUGGUGUUUAUUUAUUUAUUUAUUUUAUUUUUUUUGUGGUUUUGAAUAAAUCAGAUUUUUUUUCUCAUUUUAAUAUAAUCCAGUUGGCAAUGACAGCAGCCGCAGUCCUUGCUUCAUCGCAUGCUGCGCACACACAAGCUAAGGUGGAAUGAGGAGGCGUGAAGCAAAAUUUGCUGAAUGUAAAUGGCUCGUUGUUUUUCUUCGUAACACCAGUGCGCUGUACCGUUUUGGGCAAGAGAGCACAGCAGACGGUCUGUCUUCUUUCAAUCAUGUAGGAGAAAAUAAAGCCCACACAUCCUUCUUUAAAUCCCGUUAAACCAUAAACAUCCCGCAAUCAAUGACUCAGAACAAACCCCACUCUACAUUUUCUGUUCUUUCUGCCACAGUGCUGCUGGUAAACUCCUUCAUUAUUAAGUUGCUGCUUCUCAAGCUUUCAAACGUACAAAAAUCCACCUGUGCACAUCAGAGCGACUAAACCCAGGACCAAAAUUAUUUCAUUAACACUAACUGUUAAUUUUAUCCCCAACAGGGUCACGUAAGUCCGUGACCAUCACUCCUUCACGAAGCAGUAAUUCUUGUCAUUAUACUACGGACUCAAAAUCAAGAAAUCCAGUGCAACUGAAUGCAAUCCAUCACACAGCCUUGCAACAAAGCAUUGCAGGACGAUUGCGUUGUGCAUUUGUUUUAUCUUUGACAUUACCGAAGAGGAUAAAUAAGCUGGUGAAAAUCCAGCAGGUUUCCAGCAAAAUCCACCUGCUGCUACAAAAUGCAAAUAAGCUGUAAAGGCAGUCAGAGGCUCUCCAUUUUCUUGGCAGAGCGUCUGUUUGUCUACGGAUAUGAUACCAGUGUCCCAAAAUUAAUGAAGUAAGGAUUUGUUGAUGUUUAAUGGAGCCACGCCGCACUUUUAAUUACUAUAAAAUGACAGGAAUUAAUCUAGCAGGAAAGUUGUCUCAAACUUAAAGUCCUGUUAGGUGUUUUUAUGUGAAGUAGUCAUAAGUGAGACUGAGCAAUGCUUUGACCCAGCUGUCAGGUAAGGGUGAACCACAGUUCUGUAGCUAGGCAACCAGGGUGCAGGGACAAGAUGGUGGUCUGCAGAGGAGACAGAAGUCAAUAACUGCUUUAAAAGCUCUUCUCUGGGCCUUAAGAGCUUCUCUGUGCUGGCUGUAAAAAGGCACACAUUUCUGGGGACCUGCGUGGGCAUACACACAAACACACUAACUGCGCAUAUCCACCUUUUAGUGGACAGGAAACCCACUCAUAGCUGUCAUUGCUUCUCUGUAUUAUUGGGCUCUUUUUCUCAUAUGGUGGAUACCGAAGGGGAAUGAAUGAUGGUGAAAAGAAGCAACAUGUUGCAACAUCUGAUAUGCAGAAAAUAGAUACUGCAUAUUAAACAAUCAGACAGAACUGCCACUGACUUUUGUUUGACUUACAAAAUAUCUAACAAGAUAGGCCUGGUAGAGACGGCACUAUGGAAAUGGCUAACAUUAAAGAUAAACAGAUGACAGCAAACAGAAUAAUGAAGCAGCAACAAGCAGCUCCGUCCUGACUGGGAUGCAGUCUAGUUUGUCAGCCACAAAUCCCUCCAUCACUCUACUUUUUUGACCUCCCCAACAUGGCUGGAUUGGGAGGUCAACUUCCAUCAUUUUACAACUAAAUUUAUAGUGUGUGUGUGAAGAAAUAUGCAUGUUAAAACUGGCAAUGACAGACUUACAAAAUCCAUGUCAUGGCAGACAGCAUUGAUGAUGGCCUGACAAAAGCCUGAAUGUCUUCAUGGCCUGUUGUAAUCACCAACCUUGUAAAGAGGUUUCAAUUUCCUUAAAUAUGAUGCAGAUGUCAAAUCAUAUUUAUAUAUUUUUUCCAUAUUUAUCAAAAUAAUCGAGAUUAUGAGUUUUGCCCUCAUGGAGCAACUCUCCUUAAUACUUAGAUAACUCUUUGAAUCAAGCUCAAGUUUGAGAUUCUCUUACAAUUUAAAUACUUAUUGUAAAGAUCCCUGAAUCAGCCGUGUAUUUUGAAAGGGUGCAUUGUUUAAGUCCUCAUGUUAAAUGUGUAAAACGAGGUUAACACAGGACAGACUCUCCUUCUUUUCCCUUCAUACACACUCAUCCAUCGUUUCUCCUCCCGCCGCUCACUACAAUGACUGUUUUCCGUCUUAAUUUAAAUGGUACUUAUUCCGUCUUUUUGUUGUCUACUCUCCUCUCACUCACUUACACCCUCACCCUUUGUAUUUUUAUGCCGUCUUUUAUCCCUCCCACUUUCCUUGAUAUUGUCUCCCCUUCAGUCCCUUCCUAUCUCUGUCCCCCUCAUUGAAUCUCCUCUCCAUGCUGAUGGAUCUCACUGCAGGGGGUCACUCAGGUCCGCUUUUAAAAAGCAGCGUGAGUGAAAUGUGUGUCAUUUUUCUCCUUAACUGGAUCAUUUGUAUUUAUUUACCCCCCUCGGUACUGACGCCUGCCUUAACUAGAGAGAACGUGAGGGCUUUUUGAGGGGGAACCGGCACCCACCCCUUAACCCUAUUAACCCUUAAGUGGACCCAAAUGAUGAUAAAUAGACAACGUGGUGAUUGGGAACUCAAUCUGGUGGCAAGGGAGGGUAAUCCAUACUUCAGAUGCUGCAGUCAUGUGUAUGUGCAUGUUGCUGCUAUGUGUUUGUGUGGGUAACAAAGUGAGUUUUGAGAUUCAGGGAGAUAAAUUACGGCAGUGUGUGUGAAAUCUGACUAGAUCGGGUCUUUAUUGGCUUCUUCCUUUUCUCGGUCAAGUGCUUUUAAAACAUAAUAGAAUGAUAAGUCCAUUAGUAAGGUUACAGGAAUGCUCACCAAAUGGCUUCUUGAUGGAUAGAGUUACUUCUGAAAAACUUUGACAUGCAGGUCACCAUCAAAUAUAACGAAAAGUCAAGAAAUGUAAAAUGAUAAACCCCUCUAACAGGCGAAAAUAGGAUACUUAUGUUAGCUAAACAUCGGAGUUUGGUAAAUAAUAAGCAGCCAAAUCUUAGUGUUUCAAAUCGAUAUGUUAGCUGAUUAAGUCGUUGAUACGCUCACAUGGAUUGAAACUUUUUCAACAAUUUCCCAAGUUUGUGCUUGAAACAUUUCUUCCUACAUUAUUGGACAAUGUUCUGCUACAUGCAUGCAUCUGCGCGUCUUUGUUCCCUGUUAUUUUUAUCAAAUUAAGACGAAUGAGCGUACACGUUUCCAGAUGUGUCUCGCACUUUGUUCAACUAUUGAAGCAUGUUGUAUCCCUAACGGAGAUCUAUGAAUGUCAUUUCUGUGCACAAAGCUCUAUAUCGUUACUGCAGAUGGUGGUCGUAGUCAAUAUAUGCUGCUUUGAAAAAUGAACAUACUCUGAUCCUGACCCUGUCUAUUGGCAUAACACAUGCAUAUUGUAUGAAAAUCCCAACAUCGAUCUCAAUACAGCUCCCAGUCAAUACACCCUCUGAAGAAUGUAGUGGUAACCAUGAACCUGUGGGAAUACGUCCCCUCUGUGGAAAUGUGCUGACUUGAGCAGCAGGGAGGCUUGAAAAAAAGGGGGAUUGUAUUAAAUGAUAUAGGGACACCUUGAGGAGGGAGACAGACAGUGAGAGGGAGGUAAUCUGUUCUGCUUUAUUACAUGUUAAAUGGGACACGUUCGCCCUCUCAUAUUGUGUCUGCCCCUCCUCUCAACCUCCUUUUUUGCUCUCUCCUGAAGGAAAACUUUACAAAGGAAGUGAGCAAAGACUUCAGGAGGGUUUGUAGAGGAUCCUCCUCUGCUCCAUAUAGACUGCUUUCUUCCAUAGAGAACCUUCUCCUUCUCAGUUCAGUUCAACACAUGGGUAUUAAUUUAGCUGCUUUAGGACAAAAAUGCAGCCCAAAUGCUUCAAAUUAACACAUGAAAAGAACAAAAAAGGACAAAUUGUUUAAAUUUCACAAGAUUGGAAUAAAGUGCGACAGCUGAAAUUGAGGUACUCAAUCGUUGGAUGAAAAAUCAAGGGCGUAGAACUAGGCAGGGACACUAGGGACACGUCCCUAUCAAUAAUCAGCUGCUUCAUUGUGGUCCCUAUCAAUACAACCGCUGUCUGUAGUGUUUAAUCAAUGAUUAUGGCACACAAAGGGUUAAUAGUCGGUCUCUGCUAGAAGUCCCGCCUCUAACCUAAAUAUCGCUCUUCGAUUGUCUGCCGGUUUCUCACUUACAUACAUGUGAUUGGCUGUCCCCGCUGUCACUACAUAUGCCUGUAACAGUUACCUGCUAGUUGGACCAGAAGAGAGGCAGACAGUGCAUGUUUUCUGCAAUCGCGAAGUGUAAGUUGUCAACAUGUUGGCAUAUUGUGCCUGGGUCACAUCAGCUUCAACGGAUUUUAAUAUCAGCGGUGUCAUUUACAUUUACCUUUGUGUUUGUGUCGGUUUGUGUGCGUGCAUAAACUUUGAGGAGGACAAUUUUGUGUCCCCACCCAUGUCAAAAUCAAACCUACUCUCAAUACUUGAUUUAUCAUGUCUUUUAUGUGUGCAACUGAAUACAGUAAGGAUAAAUGAAUCGGGCAAAACCCUAACCAAUACCGUUACAAAUAUUUGAAACAACAAAUUAGCCAAUAACAAGCCAGCUCUUCUUGAUUCUUUUUGUCUGUUUUUGAUAUAAGCUAUGAUUUAUUGCUUGUAAAUUUAUUGCUGGAGCUGGUCUCACAAACUUUUUCAGACACGGUAUAACACUUCCAUGCUGCCGACAUUUUCUUUGCUGGUUGACCUUGAAAACUAACAACAGAUGUGCCCACAGCACCUGUUGCCCUCCUCUGUCACAUCAGCGCCCGCCUAAUAUGUGACUUCUUCAGCCCAAUUGAAAAACCCCACUCAGAAUACAGAGUUGAGUUUUCCAGCAUGGAAGCAUUAAAUUGAUCCUACACAUAAGCUACUGACAUUGGUUCAUGGCACAGCAGUUACUGAUGUCCAGUGGUGUCAAUAUCCGCUCAUACUGAUAUUAAACCAGUGCGCUGGUGCAUCAUGAGGAUAGAGACAUUCAGACACAGGGACAGCAGAUAAAGACUUUAACACAAAAAUGAUGUCUGGGCAGCCCGCCAUACCAUAUCAGCCACCCAUUAGCAUUUUUUCUUUAUCCUUAGAUCUUCAUCUGCUAUUAAUAAAGCAGUGGGCCAUCUUUCUAUCUUUUGCUCUCUCUACUUAAGAUGUCUUUUAUGAUCAUUUUUUACACAGCAAAUAUUUCUGAAUGGGUAUUUUAUGACCUUUACUUAGUCAUUACUAAAAGACAUGCUCUUAAGUUGAGUGUUGCCACAGUAGUAAAAGUCACAAACCAAUAAAUCAGAAAUAGUGCAAUGUUAAACAAGACUAAAACUGAUAUUGGUGAUAAAAGAACUGCAAUAAACAACAUUUGAAGCUCCUCUCUUUAUAUGUUAAGUCAGAGUAAGAGGAAAAGUCUUAAAAUUUAAGUAUUGCUUUUUUUUUCUUUUGUCGUUUUUCUUCUUUUUUUGUGCUUUUUUUUCUGUCUCAGACACACACAGCCCAUCUGUGCCUCAGUCACUCUAAUAAAUCAUCUUUCUCCCUUAAAUCCGUCCUUUUUCUUGCCUACACCGCUCCCUCUCUUUGUGAUUUAUGAUGCGCAGCAGACAGAACUGUAAUGUAGAUAUCUAAACCAACCUCACUCCUCCUUUCAUUCACAUCGGUGCAUCAAAGCCAUAGGGACCUACUUGGUGCAUGUGUGUGUGCGAAUAAGGUUAGAGGGGGUGGGGUUGAUGAGGUGGUGUUAUAGAGACCUUUGCUGCUGCUGACGGCACAAGGCGAGACCCCUAUAUGACUGUUUAGAUUCACUGUCUCUGGGGUUCAACACACAAGCACUCACCCUCACUGAGAGCAAAUAAUAACCAACUGUAUCUGUCUCUGUUCUGCUUCUGUCAGUGUCUCCAACCACAUGGAGUUUUUAUUAAAUAUCCCAUGAACCUCUGGGGGUUAAGGGAGGGAAUGAAGGGAGGAUGGAGAUGGUAAACAAAAGGGACAGAGAAAGAGAAAGAAGACAAUAAAUGCACGUUUAUUGGCAAUAGCAGCUUCUAUAACUUGAGGAAUGGUGUGUGAUGUUUGUGUGUGUACGUGUGUGUUUGUGCAUCGGUAAAAAAAAGAAAAAACAAGUGAUGUGUUUGUGAUGGCUGUAACAGUAGGGAGCAGCAUUGUCGCCGACAGGGCUUCUUUGCCAGAUGGGGUCACAAGAUGAAUCUUAGUGCAUCAAAUAAUUGGGAGAAGAGUUUAAAACAGCAACAACAACAACAUGUUUUUGAGACUUUUCUUGGUUAAUUUUGUCAGUUUUUGUUUCCUUGAGCUUCUUCAGCUUCAUUAAAGUCAACAAUCUGAGGAGGCUAACUGCUCAGAGCUCAUAUUAACCGUCUGUGAAGAGGUCAGCCAGGCGUACUUUAAAUACUUAAGCUAAAAGCGUGUAGUUUAGGAGCCCUGAGUCCUUUUUAUAACCAAACCAUGCAAAUGUAUUACAAUCUGGGACAACAAAUCAACAUUCGGGCCACCCUGUUGAAGAAAGUUCAAAAUGCCUCUGGCUUUUACCACUUUGCUAUUUCCUGUGAAUUAUUUAAAGAUAGCUUAAAAAAGAACCUCUGCCCGGGAGUAAGAUACAGCUGCUCAGGUUACAUGGGAACUGGAUGAUUUGUUAUUCUAUUCAUCCGUAUUUACAAUUACAUAAUUCCAUUCCCACAGAGUGGAUUGUUCCUGACGGUGGGAGUCAUUGCUUGUGCGACUGUGAUUUAAAGCUCCUAUGAGAAGUUUUUUAACCUUGAUAAAAUAGACUGAAAUUCAUGCUGGUGCCUUUUUAUGAUAUUUAGAAAUAAACAAGGAUUAUUUUACUGUAAUUUUUAAUGCCUGAACCAGUGUGAGUGGGUAGGUUUAGAGGGAAAUUCCAACAUUAAAUUAAUUUAGGGUUAAACACACUGUUGCAGGAGGAGAGUGGGUGAGUUGUCUUUAGUCUCUCUGCUAAAGAAAUUAGGCAAAGUUGAAAAGAUGUUUGGUUGCUAGUGCUAUGGCUGGGACCAUAUAUGAACUGUUGAUCAAGUUAGGUGCUGUUCUGAGCAUUUUCUGUUGCUAUAGAGUGGCUUUUUGUUUGAGGUUUCUUUAUUGCUCCUCAGACCGCUGUGUAUUGCUAUCGUGCGGUAGUUAAUAAAGUUGGUAUAACUAGAGAAGCAAGUGGUCGUCAACAAUCAUCUCUCAAGGGGGUGUUUUUACGCUGGAACAUCCCCUGAAGUCAAGCAACUGAAGAAACAGACCUGUUUUUAUCAUUUCCACAGUUUGAUAAAAACCAGUUUGGCCACAGGGGCAACAAAAUUGAAAGUUCUUCACAGGAGCUUUAAACACAGAGACCAAAAUUCUCCUUGGUUUCAAAGCACAGUCCAGUAAAUAACUCGUAGUUUAUUACUAUUGACCCCAAAUACUUCAUAUAUAGCUGAAACAUUGAUCUAGAGUAGUGCUUACUUGAGGGCUGGUGCCUCAGUGGGAAGCAUAGCCAGUAUGUUUAGCAAUUGCCAAGCAGUCUCUUAUCUCACCUGAAUGCAUUUCAGGUGCAUGAUCUUAUACCCAUGAAGCAUGCCGUAUCAGCUCACUUGACCCUGGAGAGAUACAACCGCGCCCAACAGAUCAAAACAGGCUUCACAUCAGAAAAAAACUGCAAAGCCUUGAGUAAACACUCUUGGUUUUGGUGGUGCAGUCAAUCUGCAAUUUCAUCAUUUCUGCAAUAUGAGCAGUGGCAGGAAACAUCACAAGAGCCUAAUUUAUUUACAGUGAGUAAGAUUAAUCAUUUAAUGUGAAAAAAAUGAUUCAGCAUGCAAAAAAAUGAAUGUUUUGAAUGAAGGUCUCGUUACAAUAACCGUGCUUUUAUGCUGUUUUGAUGCAGUCAAGUCAAACUCAGGCUUGCCAUCAGCUUCCCUCAGGUUAAGUGGUGCAGAAAGAUCAGGUUUUUUAAUUGAUUUUGGAUUCAAGAGGGUUAUGCUGCAAACUGGAAUUGAUUAGAUUAUGAGCAAACUGCAGAAAGAUGUAGAAACUGUGAGCUAAAGCAAAUAUACUGUCUAGACUGUUUAUUGCAUUUAAUAUGGUUAAGGCUAUAAUCAAUCAUGUAAUUGUAAAAUGCAUAUUUUUGCCAUAUAAUGCAGACCGAAAGGGUUAUACUCGGGUGGUUAUGUGUCAUCCCAUAUCCUCUAUAUGACAUGUCCUUUGUUUUAGUAUUUUUACUGCAUUGAACUAGUCUGGCUUUUCUAAAUGACAUGAGAUGACCCUAAUGUAGAGCAGAUGGGGAGGAAGAGGAAGGUUUAUAGUCUUUCCCUCCCAGCUCCGUGUGCUCGGCCGCAGGAACUUAAUGUUAAUCUUAAUGACAGAUGAUAGAGAAUGCAGCGUGUCUCCACAGAGUGUGUGUGACAGUGUUAUUGUCUCUAUGAUUAACUCAGCCACUGUCUCCUUCCCCCUAUAACCACAGCAAGAGAGCAAAAAUAGAAGUACCACUGUCUGAGUCCUCAUCAAGAAAUACUCUGUUCAUUUCUAUCCAUCCAACCCUUCCUCAUCCUCUACUCCUCCUUCCCCCCCUCCUCUGCUCUGUCCUCGUUUCUCUCUCUCUCAGAGGCCAUUACUGGUGAUAAACACAGUGGUUUGUAUCAGCAGGAUGCACCUGGCAUUAACGCAAAUGCUUAAGAAAGUAAUUAGUGGGUGUAUGUGGCUCCUCUCAUCCCCGUGGGUGCCCAUAGGCGGUAAUAAACGAGCACCAGGAUCCAUAGGAAUAGGAUGGCAGCGAUUUCUGCUAGUGCUGCUGUCAUCGUUCAAUACCCUGACGCAGAGCAAUGGCCUUGUCAUGCCUGCUAGCAAAUGACUGAAUCUCUCCCCAGUGGAUCCACAAAUGCAGAUUCCUCUCCAUAUCCAGUAGCAUAAUGUUGCAGUCUAGCUUCAAAGCAGUGAAAUCUACCAGGGAGUCAAGUAAAAUGUAAAAGGUAUGUUUUCAGAUGUUGACAUGAAUCCUUAUUUAAGCCCCUGCGGAGAGACAGGUCUCAGCCGCUACAGAGGUGCAAAAAUACUCUGGGUCAUCAAGUGUCCACGUGAGGCUGGCUGCAAAAGCAAAGAGAAUCCCAUUGAAAAUCCUUGUUAAAAUGCCUAAUCUUGAACAUCUUUACAUCGUUAUGUAAAGAUGGUUCUGAUGUAAUCUUCAUACUAAAUUUUCUUUCUUUGUGAGAGCUUCACAUCAGGUGAUUUUCUUCUGUAACUCAUCAGUUUUCAUUAUAGAUUGGCUAAGAGUUAUGCAUAAUUACCCACUCCUAAAACUGAGAGCAUGUUACAAAAGUUUAAAUGGUGUUUGUCGGAGGACACUCUUGUAGAAAAGAUUUAUAAUCUCAAUGAGGCUUUCCUGGUUAAAUAAAUUGAACAAAUUUGGAUUUAUUAUUGUAAUUAAGGGCGUGCGGUUUUCCCUGGAAAGUUGCAAGCUCUCUUUUUUUCCUGACCGUGCAUCUUGAGGGCUCCAAAAGGAUAAUAGGAUCACAAAAAGAGUCUGUUGUAUUAGAGUGUCUUGAUGGCAUGGCCUGACUGAGGAAACACGUGGUAUGUUUGAUACCAGGUGGAAAGCUACGGCCUCAGCUCCACCUCUCAGCUAAGAGUUUGUUGGAAUUUUCAUGUCCAAAAUGGUGACUACCAUUUUUCAGCUUCCUAGCUUUUAUCCAGGUACCCAGAUAAUUAAGUAACCCAGAUAAUGUGAAUGGAAUUUGAUUUUCUCUACCAUGUAACCAGCGUAGUUGGAGUAUGAUAGGACAAUGUAUGUGCUCAUGCGCCACACUCCCUAACCCCAGAAAAAAACACCAGAGAAGAGAAGUAGCAUGCACCUUAUCUGCAGAAAAAGUAGCAUGUACGACAACCUGUACGAUGCUCCAUCUUCUUGCUCAAAAAUGCCCUGCAGCAGUUGUAGCCACUUCUGACGUCUGGCACGGACCUGCUGUUGUUGUUGGGUCAACUGAAAACAGCGCCGCUGAAAAGACCCAUAUCGCCCCGUAGUUUUGGGGAGGAGGACACACGUUCACGUCAAUAAUAUGUGGACAAGGAGAAAAGUCUCAUUCGGCGAAAAAAACUAACCAUAAGCUUCGUCCGAUUAAGCUGUGCAUGUACACGCACUGACUGAGACCAUGUCCAAGUUGUAUACAGUCCAUGUUUCAAGUUGAUGACACUACCAAAGAAAGCAACUGUGUAAAGCAUUUAGAGCUAACUAUCUUCUUAGCUUUGCAAAUGCUGCAAAGACAUUCGAAUUCUAUUGAUGUUUUCAUUAAAGUCUGGGAAAGAAGGGCUUAAAAAGUGCUUUCCCAUAAAUGUAAAUCCUUUAAAUGUCUAAAUUGACUUUUUAGUCUUUGAAGUAUUUCUCCCCUACCCUCUUUAGCUCUGAUAACUAUAUUGUCUGUGAAUGACUCAGUAUAUUGAUGAAUCACACUGCUGGGGGUGUGGAAAGCACCCCCAGAGUUGUCACAAAUUGUCACUGACCUGCACUUACAAGGACUAUAGAUUUUUUGGCCCUCCUUUAACAUAGACACCCAUGUGGGGAUGCACAUAUGUACCCAUCUCCACCAAACCAGCUUCCUGCUGCUUAUCACCCUGUUUAAUGACCUGCGCCACCAACCCCAUGCUUUGUUUCCAAAGGGGGGUAACUCCUCUCUCCGGGGGGCAAAUCAAACAUCUGAUUCUGACUACAGGGGCUCGGCUUCACCCCCCUCCAGUAUUCCUCUGAGAUCAGCAGAGUUGCUGACGGGCAGAAACCCUUUUUUUUCUCUCUCUAGCACUCAUGGAUGGCGUUUAGUGAGGCAGAUGGAGUGUCCUGAGCACUGGUGUGAACAAAACGAUGACACCGCCAUUAGCAUAAUAGCCGUAGCAUGUGCAUGUGUCAUCAUUAUUGGUUUUUAUGGGGUGUGUGAAGAGACAGACAAAAGCAGUUAACAUUGGGUGAGGCCCCAGAGCUGGUGGUACAUUGCACUUCAUAGACCGUCUAAAGUAUCUAACUCUUGCAUACAUCUAACAUAAGAGUUCCAUUUGAAAGCACUGGAGUUUAGCCGAACAUCCGCCGUUAAAAGUGUUAGCAUCUCAAUCAUGCUGGAUUUAAACCUGUAGUAGGCUUCAAGGACAGACUAGAGGUGCAGAGCUAGCGUUGUGUAUUCUCUGACCGAGCUGUGAGUGGCUUUCACAGCCCACAGAAACAAUACCUUAUUGAGUGAUAAAGAUUUGAGCUGUCGUUAAGAGCCAGCCCAAGGUGACAGCUAAUCAGAAUUCAAUGACUGACACCUCCUAGAAAGCCUUGCUGCAUCAAUGGAUGGAUUCAGUAGUGCACCAAUAGACUGAUCAAUACUCUGCACUUUGUUAGACUUUAUUGAUCAAGUGAAACUAAGAAACUUGGAGUAAUUUACCACCAUCAAUUUUACUUCAUAAUCACAAUUAGCAUCAUGUUGUGUCUAAAUGCUUGACUCAAUGCAACCAAAGCCAGUUCUUCGUUCUUGUGUUGUGCUUCGCAUUGAUUUGCAGAGUUAGCUCCUCUCCCAUGCAGUCCCAUGGCCCUGAUGGAUUGCUCUUCCAAGGAUUUAGAGCCAGUAUUGGACACUUCGUGUGACACUUCUUAUUGUCUGUUUUCAGAAAGCCCCCCGGCCUCUAUCGAUAAGUUGUAAUGCACGCAUCAGUAUGGUCAUCACUGCAGAGUUCAGAGGCUAGAUUGACCUUUUACCUUCCUUCCAGCAGAUACAGUAUAUCUGAUUCUUGCUUGAGGUGUGGAGGACAGGAGGGACAGUGGUAAUGAGAAAGCUGCGGGUGGACAUGCAGAGUCAACUACAGUAUAACACAAUGGUCUCUUUGGGUGAAAGGGCUUUCUUUCAAGGCAUUUGAUACCGUUGAUCUCGAUUUUGUUUGCAAAAAUGCUUAAAUAUGGUUUCCAUGGGAAUUUUUUUUUGUUCAUAAAUAAACACAGUAUGUAUUGAUUAAGUGUAAUGAGUCUAUGUCCAAUGUGGUGUCCCUCAAGGAUCCAUAUUAGGGCUAUUAUAAUUUCUGAUCUACAUAAAUGAUAUUGCUUCAGUACCAUAACUGCAAUCCCAGAGCUUUUUGCAGAUGAUACCAACCUUUUUGUUUUGGGGUUUUGAUAAUGAGUUCCAGUGAAAAGAACAGGUUGUAAUUGUGUGUCUAAAGGUAACUAAAUCUGUGGGGAUUUUUAGGGGGAAAAAAGGUUAUUUGUGAACAACAGAAACAUUGUCUGGGCAAAAUAAUAUUACAUCUUCAGAAUUGGUAGUUUCUUGUUUUCUAAAGUUUUUUUUUUUUUUUUGAAUUUUUAGAGUUAAUAUUUUUACAUUUGGUUUCAAAGUUCGGAAAAAGUACAUGUUACGUUAAGCUCUGUGAAAUUGGGGUGGGACUUUUUGCUGUAUAAAGUAUACUUAACCAAAAUUGCUGAAUUGUUUAUGGAAUUUUUAACUGAAAGAUAAUCUGUCAGUUGUUGCCCUUAUCUUAAUUUUAUUUUGUUAGUCUUACCGUAUUUCCCAUCUUUGUAUCACAUAUUCCUUCAUUUUCUGUCCACUCAAAUCCCCUGCCUCUCCCUUCUCAGUCACACGUUUAACACUCAGCCUCACUUUCUUCUUUCACACUUUUAUCACUUUCCCUUAACUUGAAUCCUACCCUGUUUUUCUUCUUUUUUUUUACUCCCUGUUUUCCCCCAUUUUCACACCAUGUCUCUCCCUUCUUUUCUCCCCUGCAGGCGGUAUGAGAUGUUCCCAGUGUGCUCAGACCUGCAGGGCCAGAUCAUGGCGUGCUACAGAGAGAACGCCGGGAAAACCCUCAACUGCUCCAACAUUGCAGCACUUUACCUGAAGUGUGUCAACAACGCCAAACAGGUGCAUACUUACAAGUUUAUUAUCACUCUUUACAUCUCAUUUGGAUAUGAUUUGCCACACUUGUCUGUGACAUCUUUUGCGUAUUUGUGUGUUUAGUAUGCUUGUUAAGUGAAAUGGAUGAGAUUUAAUUGGGUGUAACUGAGAAGAAAUGUGAGAAAAAUACAAGAAGACUCCAAAUUGAUGCUUUUUUCCCUCCCUGAUAAGAACAAAAGGUACUUACGAUCAACUUCUUGGGCAGAGGACUUGUAAGUUGCACUGACUCCUAAUCUUGUAGUGCAGCUUUCAGCUGGAUUAAUGUGUAUUUUAAAGUAGCCCCAUGUGUGUGUGUUAGCUUUAGCAUACGUCAUACUUUCAUAGAAAGUGUGUGGUAGCAAAUAUAGAGCAGCCAUUCCCUUUUCAACGUAUAAAUGAAUUAGUAAGAUAUGCACACACAUACACACUGGCAUCCAUUUACAUGCACCAGCUCUUUGCUUUUAGACAGGAGAAUAUAAUUUCCACUGUGCCACUGGCGCCUGCAUAAAGCUCACUCUAAAUAGGCAGUUUAAACCUUACAAUCUAUUUCCAUAAUACCUGCUGACACUGGCGUUCCCCUGGCUGUCUCUGUGUGUGUGUUUUAAUGUAAUAAGACCAAAGGAGAAGCCGCUGCUAGUUGGAUACCACCCUUUUCUCCGGGGCGCCUUCCUUUCAUUGCCAAGUGUAAAUGUUUUUCUGCCCUGGGUCACAUGCUGUAUGGUAAUAGUAAUGUCACUCAAGUUGAUAUUAACUUGAUUCUACCUCUCUCACUUGGCAGUAUGCAACAUCCAUUGCCCCUAUACACGUCUUAAUUUACAUUCAUGGAGUUUCCUCUAUUAGAUUAUUUCUUUACAAUUGCAUUGUUUUGCUGGAAAUGAAGAAAACUGAUUCUCAUGUCUGGCGUUUCAUAUAAGAUCUGAAAGUCAGAUGCUGGCAGAUUUUGGAGCCAUACAUCAUGUAAAUUGCACGAUGUUUUAUUCAUUAUGUGUGCACGCGCCUUUAACAGAGAUACCUGUGGCCUCGUAAAGAUGCAGCAUGGUGCGUUCACAGUCCGGAUGCUGUUAUGAUGUUGUAAAUUGUUUAGAAGCAAGCCUGAGAUGAUAUGGUAAUCCGCUUGUGUUUAUCACCCUGCGGCAAUCACAACACACACUCCUGUGUGUCUGCGGCUUAUCUGUGUGAGACUUGCUUUUUAAAGUCAUUAAGUGCAAAAAGAAAAGAAAAAAAGAACAGUUCUGUGAUAAAGCUUUAAAGGAAUAUUACGCAGAAUCACACAAGAACAAAGAAGGGAAGAUGAAUUUGGAUUGAUGUGGGCCGAUGGAGCUUUGUGAUUAGGAUGUUUACACAGUUUUAUCAGAGCCCAGCAGGAAGAGCAAAUGUUAAAGGACAUGACUUUGACUUUUGGAGGGUCAGAAGAUCUAAACCUGACCUCUCAGAGUGUCUCUCAUCUCUUUGCCUUUUCUGGAAAAACCCUCAAAGUGUUUUUUUUUUUUUUUUUUAAAGACCACAUACCCUUCUUUGUCCUUCGCUGUCAAAUCUUUCUUCACCAAAAAAGAAACGCAGGGGAGAUUGGGAAAUCCAAGAUGGCAUCUCACUGCGGAUAUAAAUCUCCCAAAUCUCAGUUUUACAAUAUUGACCCCUCAACUGGAUUCAGCAAAGACAGCCGGCCUUUGUCGCUGAUAAUUAGCGUCUUAUCGCCUCAGCCAGUGAUAACAUUUAGACCCACUUUCGCUCUCUUCUAUCCCCUCUGUGCCCUGCUACCAUUCCUUCCUCACUCCCUCCAUCCACUAUCCCUUCAUCCCCUCGUCACAUUUCUAAUGCAUUCAGCUCUUAAGAUAGCAAACUGUGAGGAAGAGGCAGUCGAAGGACAGAUAAAGUCUCUUUUUUUCCCCCUCCCUCUCCCUCUAUGAAAAAGGAGUUUAUCACGCAGGCCGAUCUCUCCAUCCACUGCCUGCCUCUUCAUUCCAUAUUCUCGCUGCAUGACCGCUUCUCGCUCGCUAUCUUUUUCUUCUCCACUUCAUUUUUUUUAAGACUGACCCUUCUGUCUCUUUUUUUUUUUUACCCAAAGCGGCCAAGCUGGAUCCCUGUGGUUUCAGCCGGUGUUAAGUUUGAAAGGUUGGAAAUAAAGGAAGGGGUGACUCACAGAACUGUGUGGAAAUCAUCAAUAUUGACAUCGCAGUAUAACUUAUCUUCAUUGACUUUAUAGAUCUGUUUUGGCUGUCUCUGAUCAGGAAUACGAGUGUUCAACACAAAACCAAAUUCUUAUCACAUUUUUACCUGAUUUAUAAAAACAAAAACAAAUGAUUGAAGUAUUAUGACCAGGCCCCGACCGAUAUGGAUUUUUGUUGGGGGGAGGGGUCUGAUUGCUGAUUAAUCUGACGAUUUUUAAAAUUUUUUAUGAAGUUAUAAAAAAUAUAUAUACACUGUACAUAUCUACAGUCUACAAACCCCCCCAUUCGGUGCCCUCACGUCUUAACUCACGUUACUCAUUUCCGGUCUGGUCUCAUCUGGAGACAUGCAGCUGCCUCAGUAAGACAAGUAGCUUGAUCACAUAAUGUGUACUGUUGUUUAUUCUACCGUUACUGACACGGCUAACAGUGUAGCAAGGCUAAUAGCAGGUGGAUAACUCUAACUUUAGCUUGCAUAUUACAUGGUGAUUCACCGUUAACUCGGCAUGACCGAGACCAGCACAGCGGGGAACGUUGUGAAGUGGGUUGAACUGAAACUUGUUGACUUAUUGUGUAUUUCACAAACUGGUUUAUUUACCGUUGAGGUGGACCACUCUCCUCUGUGCGUCCCUGAGCUGCCUGCUUCAGAUCCGUCACUCUGCUGUGCUGUGAGGCAGUUAGUGGAUGAAGGUUGUCAUGAGGUCACUGCGCCGUCUACAGGAUAAGUCAAUGAACUUUUCAAAUGGCAGAACAUUUUUGAAGUGAAACCGAAUCUUAUAUCCGCAUUUUAUUUCUGAAAAUAUCGGGGAAAAUCAGCAAGUUUUGGCCGAUUACCGAUUAGUCUCAAAUGGGCUAAAAUUGGCCGAUUUAAUCGGCUCGCCGAUAAAAUCGGUCGGGUCCUAAUUAUGACAUCCAUAAACCUGCCCUGGAGAUUUUUUCCCUUGAAAUAACCAGGUGAAGGACAACAAAAUAAGUUGUGUUCAAUCUUGAAACAGCAGUCAUCUGCAUUUUGAUAAUAACAAGGUGAGAGUUAGGGCUCAUAAUGACAAACCGUCAAAGAAGAAUCACCUAAAUCUACAGCUUGCUCUGCUUAAAAUCAGUCUUUAAGGUUGCACAGUGUCCUGACCUUUAAUUUAGGACAAACAAAAUAAUGAUUUAUAUGUCUUACUGGUUAUAUGUAAGCUAGAAUUGUGAGUUCACAAAAUCCAGACUUCCAAGGUUUUGUUUGUAUGAUUGUUAUGUUGUGUAUAUCACAUGCUUUUGUCUCUAGAAACUCACAUACUGAAAGUUCCUAGCUUUAAAACAGACUGAAUAAAUACCAGUGCCUCUUUAUGACCUACAAAAGCAGACCACACCAUAGCAAGGAAACUGACUGCAAGCUAACUCUGUCUCCAGUCUGAGACAAAAUGCAUUAGCUCAGGGCAUGAACCUUCAAAAGUCUGCCCCACAGUGUUCCUGCAUCAAGUCAGAAUUUAUAGUUUGCAGCAGGUCCUGGCUAGUUUUUUUUGGUAAGGCUCCAGUUUCUGGUUCUCAAAUAUCUACAGUGAAAUGACAAGGGCUGCUGAUCUCUAACUCAGGACCUAAACAGUACAGGUGAAUUUCCUUUAGCUUGAAAUUGUGUGGAUGCAUCCCAAAAACUAAACACCAGAAAAAAUCUUCUGUUUUGAGUUUAUCCUGAUUACAAACAGACGGACUAUGAAAAUAUACAUUGGAUUAGAAAAAUAUGAAAUAAUCCUUUAAGUAAUCCAUCCAAUGUUUGCCCGUUUUUUAACCUGGAUUAUCAUCUUGCUUGACUCAGUUAUAACUUUUAUCAUUACACGGAUGAAUCGAUCCAGAUAAGACCAACAGCCUCUCCAAAUCACUUGCGGUCACUUUUGUACUCUCAGACCACCAAACCCCUUUUACUUGUGUCCUUUUUUUCCCCCCUCUUCUGUGAUUUUCUCUCCCUCCCUCCUCUCCUCUCCUCUCCUCCCCUCUCAGGCAGCUUUCUUCAGUGGCAUCAGCUGCUGUAGGCCGCCUGAAAUGCUUAUUGACGGAGAGUGCUGGGAAUUUGUGGUUGCACUUAUCACUAACAUGGAAUCCACUGCCCUCGGGUCCUUUCCCCCCACUCAUCCAGUCCUCUCCCCUCUUUUAUUGCACUCUCUCAGGCCUCUGCUUUUUUCUUUAUCUAUGUAGUAUUCUCUUUUAUUUGCCACUUUGUUUCUCUAAUGCACUUUUGGUGUGUUUUUUACUUCUCUGCAGAACAAGUUGAGGACCGGCGGUUAAAGAGAAGGAGGGAGGAAAAAAAAAAAGAAAAGAUGGAGCAAUGAAGAGUUUAUGGUGUGGGAUUACUUAUUAUCGACCGACUGACAGACAGACAAACAGAACAGAACAAACCGGAGUGGAGAAAGUGAGGAGUGAGUCAGCACCGAGACACCAACCCUCCAAAACCCCCUGUGGAGAUCCAAACCAGACUAGAGGCACCGAACACAACACCCUGAGAGAGACUUAGACACCCUUGGUCCUUUUCUCUUUUACUUUUUGUCUAUCUCUCCUGUGAGUAGUGGAAGCAGUGUCAGCCAUUUUGGACAGACAACACAGAACGACGGAACCCAGCAGGUCCAGCCUGUUAAAAGGACCUUCACAUGAACCGGAUCAACUGCAAGACAGCAAGAUACCUCUGUCACUUUCCUCCAGACAGCGUUAGCAAAAUAAAAGUCUAUUUUUUAAAAUCAAAGUCAGUCCUAUUUUGUUAUCCAUAACUCAGUCGUUUCCUGUCCCCUUAUGCACUAUCAUCUAUACGUAAACACAUGUUAGCAUCUGUUUCUUCUCUGCAUCUGUUCAUGUGACUAAGCGUUGUGUUAAUAAUGUAACAAGCUGCGUGUUCAUCCAGACCAACACUUGUGACAACGUGUGAUCAGAGGAAAUAAAAGACGAACACUGCAGGAGCUGUUGUUGGACUUCUUUGCCCAUAAAUAUUCAGCGAGUCUCUUGA